GGAUACAUUACACUGUGGAAGCAGUGCGGGGAGCAGUGGGAAAUCGGUCCACAGCAUUUUUCCUCUCUAUCUUCUUUUUCUGAUUGUUUUAUGACUUUUUGCUUUUAUCCCUCCUCAUCCGAGCAGCUGGGAGGAUGUAUCUGAAAGCAUGAAAGCGGCUCACUGCCUUGUUCGUGGUCUAGUCUGAAGUGUUUAAACUCAUUUCUUCACAUUACAUCGGUUUACCUUUUAAACCUCCACUCAGACGGUGUUUUGGUUUUUGUUAGCCCACUUUUCUGCCACUUCAAGGACGCAACAUUUUAUCCACUGGACCAGCGAGGACGUAUUUUCCUCACUACUUUUGUAAAUGCACUUUUUUUGACGUUGGAGCGUAUUCGUCGUCGACUGACUGAAAACAAAUGAUGAGAAUUUAACUUUUAGUUUGUUACCUUUUUUUAUUUUUUUUCCUCAUGUCAUUGAGUUGUGCGCCGGACUCCACUUCUGGCCCGUCACUUGUGAACUUUUCGGGUCCGAGUUUGUCUCAUUUUUAGCUCAAAGGACGCCGACAGUCAGUCAGUCAGUCAGUCAGACAGCAGCAGCCUCCCCUCCUCCUGUUGCUUCAGUGAAAACACACCGGCAGCGUGCUCGCUCGCCGCUUCCUCUCCAAGUGACUCCCGGUCUACACUCCGCUUAAAACGGGGGGACGUUUUCCCACUCAGGGGAUUGUAACUGGGACUUGUGCUGGCGUGUUUGGUGUCUCCGGUUUUCUUGCUGAACAGAAACUAGUAGAAGCUAAAAAAUGCCCCAGUUAUCAGGCGGCGGCGGAGACCCGGAGCUGUGCGCCACAGACGAAAUGAUCCCGUUCAAAGACGAAGGAGACCCGCAUAAAGAGCAGAUCUUCGCCGAGCUCAGCCACUCGGAGGAGGAAGGAGACCUGGCGGACAUCAAGUCAUCGCUGGUCAACGAGUCAGAGAGCAGCCCCAACAGCAACAGCCACGAUGUGAGUAAUGUUGUGUGUUCACUGAUGUGGUGAAUGUUGAUGAUGAGGAAGAGGAGAGGAAGGUGAGUAUCAACUCUGAACUCCAGCAGAGAGAGGGUGAAACAGCCGGUAUCAGUCAGUAAACAAAGUUUAUCUGAUCUUUUUAUGCUUUUGUUUUUAUGCUCUUUUUAUAUGAAUUGCUGGGAUUUUUUUAGCUUUAAUGAAAGAGAGCAAACUUGGAAGAAUCCAAAAAUCUGUAUCACUAUUUAUAAUCUAUUUGAAGCAAUUUUAUCAUAGGGAUUUAAAAAAAAUGCAAAGACUAUCUCACAGCCAUGCCUUAAUGCAUUCUUAUUUAUUUACUAAAAAAUAAUGAGUAAUGUAGAAAACAAUAUUCAAUAGUCACGGGCACCAGCUUCACUCACCACUUCCAAGAUGCUCCUGUCACAUCCUAAGCAGCCACAAAUCUUCACCCUGGACUCACUGAAGGCCUGAAAAACACUGAGCUGUUGAUGAAAGCUGUUCUUCAUAUAUUUGUCCUGGGAUUUGGGAUAAAAUUAUAACACAUUGUGUGGUGAAAAAUUGUGGCCUUGUGAGCUUCCUGUGUCAAGAUGGCUAAUGACUGAAUCUGCGAGGACCUUUAUAGCAUUAAAUCUUUGACCAUCAAGUCAUUUCAAAACAAAAAUGUGAACAAAAGGACCACUUUCAAUGCUUACAUUAAUCAGAAGUUCUUGCAUGUAUUUAGCCCUUCUCCUUUUUUAAAUCUGUCGUUCCAGUAUUAUGUCCUCCAUAAAUUAUCCUGGAUGUUAAAGGGUUGAAAAAUAUGUUAAAAAACAGCCACAUCUACAUUCAUUUUGUUCUAGUCUUUUGUAAUCAGGUAAAAUAGGCACAAAAUGAAUUUAUCAGAUGAAAAUCUGCGUUUAAAUAUGUCGACUUCAUUGUGUAUGUAAAUGUACGUAAAAAUCUCAAUGGAAGAAUUAUAAAUAAUGAAUUUUUAAUGUCUCUGAAAUUAUUUCUCUGCCACUUUUUAUUCAACUCCUCAAAGAUGGCAUUACAUUAGCCCAUAAAAGACAGAGCAGGCAUGAAACAUCCCAGUUAAAAAUGUGUUUUUAAUUUUCCUGUCUCGCUCCACCCGUGCACUGACCUCAGGAUGCAGGCUACAGCUCCCCCAUCGCAAUGUUACCCGGCUGUUUUGUCAUUAACCGCAGUGUUAAUGAAAUUUUGGGUGCAUCCUGAAGAGGAAGAGGCUGUGCAAAUUCACCACAGAAAUGUCCUAGAGAUGCACGAGACAGAGGCUGAAUGUUAAUUAGGAAUCCAGUGAAGCUCCCUCGCUCUGCUUGAAGCCAUCCUGAGGGGUCUGAACUCCAAAAAGAGGUCCUCUUUCUCAAUUCAGACUCGUAAAGAGAGAGGAAAUAGAUGUGCGGAAAAGCAGGACAUUUUUCUACUCCUUUUUUUUUUUUUUUUUUAAAUAAAGCAGAAGCAGUCUAGUCGCCCCCCUCCCUAAUAAAUUGGACAGUUUUAUUUCACUUUACACACCAGCUUUUAAUUCAUGACAUUAAUACACUCUUCAUUUAUUUGAAAUCGGAGAAAGACUUAAAAUGAGAGAGAGGGAGAUGAAAAUGAGAGUGGACCUAUGGUAUUGAAAACAAGUUAAUUUGUAAGCUCCUUAAGGACAUGAAGCUUAAUUAAGUGGUUCUUUUGAAGCUUUGAUGCAGGCUGCUCCAUCAUCCUUCUAUAGUUAGUACUGUGUGUGCAUUUGUGUGUGUGUGUCUGUGUGUGUGUGAGGCUUGUUCUGCUAUGGUGACAAGCAAAAAGGACGGCAUUUGUCCUCGCUGUAUUUGUGGGUGUCUGACCGUAUCAUCAUGUCUGUGUAUGUAACUGCGUUUGAAAGCCCUCCUAAUUGAUUUACCAUCAUUUCAAUGUAUGUUAUUUUUUCUACUUACAGGCAGCUAGACAGUCCCAAAUACCACAAGAUGCAUAUCAUGAAAAACACAGAGACCAUCCGGAUGAUGGUAAGUGACACAGCCUUGAGCAAACACUACAAAUUUCCACACUGUGGGGAAAAAAUAAAGGUUUAUCUUAUCUUAUCUUUAAAGGGCUUGUUAAAUCUGCAUGCUUAAUAAAAGAUGACCAGCGUGUCAUUCAGCUGCAGUGAAAGCUCAGAUUUUCAAAAUGACUCACCAAAGCUCGAAAGGUUAAGGGUGUGAAAAAGGGCCACUUUGUUCUCCUCCACACAGAAGUGAUAGGCCACACUUUUAACUGUUGGUCCUUCUCUUAUCAGAGCUCUCCUCGCAGAUAUAUGAUCUUUAAUCCAAGACUAGUCAGGACAUGCUUUACCUUCAUUUUACCUGUUACCUCCCUCAGAGAUGAGGGUACCUGCAGAAAUGCUGAAGAGAUAAAAAGGAGUGUAAAUAUUCAUUCUUUCAUGUUUUAAUUCAGAAAUCUUGAUUGCACAUGUAUAUGGGCCCACUACUGAAGAUAAAUCAAAACAACAGCUCUUGUGUUUCUAAUUAUGCAGUUACCACAAUAAACUCUUUCCCCACAUACGUCUGUCACAUGCAACAUGUUACUGCCGCUCGAGGCUUGUUGCUCUCUGGCUUUUGUAGUCUGACCCUGCUGCUGCAGGUCAUCAUUACACACUGAAGAGGAGUGUGUCUCCUCUUUGUUCCCCUUUCACUCCUGCGUAAGACCCCCUCAAUCCAAACACAGUUCUUCUUUUUUUCCCCCUCUAUGUUGCCAUCAGGCUGUGUACCACAAACACCCCCCUCCCCCCUCCGGCUUUAUUACACAGCGUGCAGUUGAGUGGCGAGUGGCACUGUAUUGAGGCCUCUUCUCAUACAAAGCUCCCCCUCUCAGGUCAAAGGCGUAGAGGAACAGUUGGGGCGUCUCCUGUUUUGACACAGUCUGUAUGUUCUUCUAAUUGGUGCUAAUUGGCACAGAGGGGCUCCAUUGUUCCUCUGCAUAAUACGACCCUCCUCUCCAAGACGAGAAGAAAGGGCACAAACAAAAGGCCGAGGAGAAAUAGGGCACGGGUUAAAACGAUCUGCAGUGAUAUCAUUACAGCUCCAAAACAGGCAGGCUAACUUUGCGUGCAGCUUUGUCAUUAUUUUGUGCCUGAUAUCAUUGACAGGAAUUCAUUCAGAGUUUGUGAGAUUAACACAUUGUAAAGCUUUAUUGUGUUGUCAGCUUCUUGCAAAAAAAAGAUUUAAUGAAAUGUCUUUUUUUUUUUAUUAGGAAAACACCAAGACAUGUAUGGUAAAGGUCCAUACUCAGGUUACCCGGGGUACAUCAUGAUGAACAUGAAUGACUCUGCCUACAUGAGUAAUGGCUCCCUCUCUCCUCCAAUGCCCAGAACGGUCAGUACCAACUCUUCUCCUCUUCUUCUUCUUCUUCUUUUUGUGCCCUGAAAUGCUGUUGGUGUUGUGACAAAGUUGAGCAUGAGAUCCAAAGAAUAACCACUGAGUAAUGAAAAGGCAAUAAGCCUGUUGGAGUUUUGUGUGGUGAGGAUAUGAACCCCAUAAAAAUCCAAUUUUGAUUCAUCAGUUGACAGAAAAUAAAUCGCUGACCUUUUUAAUAAGCGGGUGAGAACAAUGACCUGGUAAAUGUUAUUUUGUGAAUGUACUGGCAUGAAAUAUUUUUUGUUUUGGUUCUUGUUGGUGAACUGGAAAGCAAAAACAGACACUAGAGGAGACUUGCACCUGCUCAGGUCAAACCCGGGUUCAGUUACUGUUUUGGAUUUCACAGUUCAAGACCUGAACUGAGGUCAGAAAAAAUGUUUUUAACCUUGUCGUGGUGAUGUUAUAAAUUGUGGUUUAAAAACCGUGAAGCAAGAAAACCAAGGAAUAAGUAGGAGAGCAACCUGUUGCUUUACCUGCCCACAGAGUCUCUUAUGCAGUUGUGCUAACUUUUUGUUUUACUUUUUGUUUUUAGUUUUUUGGUAAGAACCUCCCCUAAGUUUUUUUUUUUCUAUGUUUGAGCAUUUCUUCACUUUUUGUUGCUCGUUUGUUGUUUGGAAUAAUUGUGAGCUGUUGCAGCAACUGGCUAUAGAGCCAAGUUUGAAUUUUCUUAAGAGGGAAAAUAUUUUGAAAGAUUAAUAACAAGAUAUUGAAUUUCCUCAGUUUAAAUGUUUACCUGAGUAUAUUUAGAUUUGAAUUUUUGCAUUCAAGAAGGACCACUCAUGUAGAGAUCCCACUUUUAAAUUUGCAUGUUCGUAAGCCUUGUGGAUAAAAGCCAAAAAUAAAAACAAAUCACACAAACCAGGUGCAUUCGUGGCGGUGUAUAUGGUGUUGUAUCUUUUUGAAACAUUUACCCCACUGUAUUGGCAUCACAGACCCUCAUCCCCUGGGAAACAGCAUGUCUUAUCAUUUUAUCCACAAGAUGAACAGAGAUAUAGCGUUUUUCUCAGCUUGUUAAAAAUCUUGAGGGAUGCAGGUCUACAAGACCCAAGUAAGCCCUCUAAUUAGAGGGACAGAGGCAUGUCAGAGGAGGCCUAAAGGCAACAUCAUGUCCCUGCACAAGAGUUCAUGGUGCCGUCCAGGGGUGGCGUGCGUUGUUGCAGAUAUCGUCCCUGUGACCGUAUUAAUUUCAGGCCAGCUGCAGGUCUUUCUCUCGCUGGCGGCUUCCUGUGUCUGUCCCGUUUGCAAAUUUCUCCUCUCAAGGCAGACAUAAAACGUAGGGCACUCCAGCAGCUGUCCACUCUAAUCCUGUUUUGUCCACGUCUCUGGGUCACAAGCAGCCCCAGUCUGGCACACACACACGCACACACACAUACACACGCACACACACGGUACAGAGAGGAUCCCAAAAAGCUCUGUGUUGUUUGUGCUUUUGCAGCUCAUACCCGUUAGUUUCAUCAGGGUUAAGUUGUGAAAUGUGACUUCUAUGUUGUUAUAAGAAUCGGCUUUCGUGGGCAGAUGUGAUUGUCGGGGGCAGAUGCCACAUGCUGUGUGUAAAGGAACUUCAUUCACACGCAACUCUAUCACGAAAUGAUGUUAAAAUUGCAUUCCCCUCUGCCAAAGCUGCAGAGGAUGAAGGUAUGUGACAUUGUGGAGAAAAAAAACCCUAGAUACCUCAGGGUUGGUGGUCGUCUUCGGCUAACAAACAGGAUGUUUUAACCCAAAUGUUGGAUGCAAUGCUUUAAAGAUCCUCUUUUUAUGACUUGUUUUCUGGUUAAUUUUAUCAAUUAUUCCAUCAAAGGUCUGUAUGGAGACCAGCUGACUAUGAGAGGAAAUUACCCCUUGCUGCACAUGAAUUUGGCCAGGCAGUUAGGCAGCUCAUGUGCUGCCAAAACUUUUACAGCCACGCUUUAAUUUCAUUUACCAUGGCUGCCUUUUCCCCCUCGAUCCCCCCACAACCCUGUCUCCAAUAAAACGGUAGUCAUUUUAUAUACGUUUCUCGCACUUAUCCAAUAAAAAGAGCCAAGGCUUGGUGGAGGGAUCGCGGAACAUGAGUCCUCUGGCUCUCUCACUGAUGUCAGCUCGUAGCCACAGUAUCUGCAGGCCUGGGAUCAGUUUUCAACCUAGAUCAAAGGCACAUUCUCUCUUUCAUUCUCUUCCAUCCCCAGCCCCAAACCACCGCUCCGAUCACAGUAGUUUAGAUUGAUUUCCAUUGACCAUGACAUUCCUGCACAUGCCAUCCAGUCAUGAUGGUGCUGUAUGGAGUAGCUGAUUGUCAGCAGAUUUUUAGGGCUUCUAGUUUGAUAAGCUGUCUCCAUCACAAGGGCUCAGAUUCGGUGUCAGGAUGCUCACUUCCUUGUACAUGUGGAUUUAAAACAAUGUGACCACUUCAAAGAGGGGAGAGUGUUAUGAGUACCUGAUGUUUAUGUAAAUGUAUAGCUGUUUCAGGAUGUGGAGUCUGCGGGGUAUCCCCGGCAAAUGCUGAAAUAAUGCAGAUGGUCAUCAUGAGAUGUGGAUCUUUCUUUAAAGCUCCUGUGAGGAGUUUUUGAUCGGUUAUCAAACAGACUAAAAUGAAUAGUGAUGUGUCUUUAUGAUAUAUUAAAGCAAAUGAGACCAAAGAUGACAGUAGUGACAGAUUCUAUAUCGUGAUUUUUAAUACCUGUAGAAACAGCCUUAGUUACUUUCCCUGCAGCAAAUAUUCAUGGUGAGUGAUAAAUUUCACUGAAAAAAAAGGCAACAGGAAGAGAUUUUUUUUGUCAACUAACACUUUCACAAGGCUUAGAAAAAAAUAGCAAUAAUAUAAUAGUUACUGCUUUGUCCACAGGGGGGCGCUAACUUCUACAGAGUCCGAAAGUUCCUUACAGGAGCUUUAACUGAAGAAUACUACGUUGUGUUUUAGUGUCCAGAACAUUGUUUUAUGAAGUCGGACAGGAGACUGGAGUAGUCAUCAUGUAAUGUUAACAAGAUAUCAAAGAUGACAGGUGAAGCCGAGUAUAACACAGAGCAUGACGAUGCUAUGGGUUAUUGGUCUACAGUUCAAAUAAAAAGGGUAGAUAUAUAGCUGUCAUAUUAUGUAUGCAAAGUUAUACGAUAUGAACACGUCAGCCUUCUCCCUGAAUUUGACCGACCUUUACCUGCUCUGUUCCCUCAGACGUCUUGCAGAAAUUUAACAAAGUUUGGGUAAAGUUGGCAUGAAAAAUUUGGCAGAUUUCAGAAGAGUGAAUAUACCAUUAGGCGUACAGAAUUACCCAGACAGGUUUUUUCUUGUGGUCUUGAUAAUGGUUCGAGUUUAUCUCUAAUGGUAACCUACCUGAGCCUUUUCAGAGGCAUCAGAUUGUGUGCAGCGCUGCUUUACAUGUAAUGACUCGUAAUGCUGUUGUUCUAAACUUUCGCUAUUUGUGCGUAAAACUAGGGAUGGAUGUGAAGAUGGCUCUCUCUCUCUCUCUUGCUUCUGUGUCUUUGUAAAACAUGCUUUGGUCCACAUUAUAAUAAUAACCCACAAUGGCAGUGAGGAUGAUCGUUUGAAGCUUGGUUGUGAAAAAAAAUAUUUUUCAUGUCACCGCUGCAGAUUUGAAGAGUGGAAGAAGUUGUUUACAGCUCCGAGGGCUUUUGUCUUCUCUUUUGAUAGUGGUCCUGCAGCCUUUUUAGCUCACAUGAGGAUAUGAAAAUGACAGCUUCUAAAUAAAGAUCAACGUGCAUGUGAUGGACAGUGCAUAUUUUUAAAUGACCCGAAAGCUAUUUUCAGAUCAAGCUGCUGUUGUCAAAUUAAAAUUUCCCUUUUGUUAAAAGGUUUUAAGAAGUCCUACAGCCGCUGAGCUCUUCAGAUCCAGCAUAAACCCGUUGAGUAAACUCAUAAAUGCAUGGUUGGAAAGAUAAAGACAGACUGUUUGCUCUCACUCCUGAGAUGGAUAUAGUGCAGCAGACAUUAGUGUAAGAUUUUUCAUCUGACUGUGUGAUGAAGGGUUGGUGAUCGGUGUCAGAACAGUCUCAUGGUCUGUGCAAGAGCUGGAGGAGACGAACAAACAGAAUCACAGAUUUUUAUUUUCUAAUCCGAGUUUUGCUGCUGUGGUGGAGAGAGUUUAGAAAGCUCCCUCUCCUUUUCCCGUUCAAUCUUUUCUUUUUUUUUUCCUCCCUCUGGACCCUCAAUUGCAGAUCCUCAUGGCGAGAAAGAGGGGGUGUGUUGGGGGAGGGGGGUUGCAGCGCAGUACUUUCCUUUGAUGUAGUGGGAACGUGACGGAUCUGCUAGCCAGUGUCUCGCAGCGUGGAAUCACUAACCCAGGCUUACCUAACGGGAUUUGGUAGGACCGCUCUGGUGUCCCUCAGUGCCAUGUGUGUCCUGAGCUCAUGCCCCCAGCGCUACCGUGGAAGAUCCCUGUUAAAGAGAACACUACAUUUACCAGCAGCCCUCCAUGUCCACACAGAAUGAUGGAGGCUUGUAGCACCUUUUAAGUCCCACUAUAUGUUAGACAGGCAGUCUGAAGUAAGAGACAGCUAUAUUUUUAGAGUCUUCAGUACCUUAAACAUGUGCAUUUAAGUCUAGUGAUAUCACCAUAACUGUCAAAAACACGAGUAAAAGUGCCACUUUAACGCUAGUAUAUUCUCUGUCAUUUAGCAUGUGUGUCAAAGUAUCACACUGACAUCGCUAUCAAACAGUGAAAUAUGUGCGUACACAUGAAGGGCAUCAGCAGGGACCUCACACAGAAAGAACACUUGGCGUCUGAGGCGUCUUUGUAGUGCUGCUGCUGGUGUUUUAUAUACAGCGCCAUUAUGACGCUGAAGGUUUUCUUCUCAUCCCUUCGCUGCUCGGUGACGCUGGUUGACACAUUUACUCCAAAUGCACAGAGCUAAUGACGCCAUGUGGUUGCAAUCGCCUUAUCGAUGUGUUUCAUCUUGUCAAACGGAGCUCGGCGGCGUGAUUGUCUACCAAGACUUGAGGGGUAAACCUGGAAAAAGACGGACAAUAGUUUUGAAAAGUUAUCUUGAAUUUCUCCUUCAGUAAGAAUCCGACACAUUUGUGGAUUUUCAUGACUUAGUCUGUACUAAAAUUUGACAAAUCACUAUUUGAAAUAUAAGUGGUCGAUAUCUGACUUUCAUUCGCUAAUAUAGUGGGAGUUACCGAGCAGGUCAGCCGACAGCUAAUACAAUUUAACGAUAAUCCGUAUACAGUACACAGCACAUUGUUAUCUUAGCCAGACACACAUUUCCAGAUGCAUUUCGAAAUAAUUAAUGUAACAGAAAAAUACAUUGGGCUUUGGCUAUAGAUUUCCAAACAUGACACAUUUCUGUCAGAGGCAAUAAUAAACUCCAUUAUUACAUACAUCAGAACAGAGUACAUAUUAAACACUUGUCGGUAGCUGUUAGACUUGAUGCGUCGUCAUUUGGGAUGGGAAAAAAAAGUGCUAUCUUUGAUAGAUAUUGUAUCCAGUCGAUACAAUAUUGCGAUAUUUUGUCUGGUGAUAUAUCGUAUUGUCUCAUUUACCAAGUAUCGAUUUUUUCAAUUGUUAAUAUGAAGUCAAAUCUAUGAUAAUGGAAAAAUAAAAUCAACUGUUUGUCCAGUGAGGUUAGCAGAGGAGAUUUUUUGGAGCAGGAAAAUUUUAGUACAACAAAUAUAUGAGGUUUGCAAGAUGUGCUACAUGAAAAUAAAAUAAAGUGUAAAUAAUAUAAACACAAAGGUAAGACAAAUGCUAAAUAAGCUUAACAGUUGGGAAAAUUCUAUAAAUCGCAAUAUAUUGUAUCGCAAUACUCACUAUAUUGCUAAAUGUCAAAAAUCGCAAUAAUAUCGUAUCGUAACCCAAGUAUUGUGAUAAUAUCGUAUCAUGGGGCCACUGGUGAUUCCAACCCCAAGUGUCUGCAGAUAUGAUUGAAUUAUGUUACAAUCAUCAAUCUGGUCUAAGCCAGUCCAGUCAAAAUGCCAUUAAUCUGUCCCAUUAUAAAGCCAAACCAGUUAAUCCGACAGAUAUUGUUUUUAUCUCUGGACGCCUAAAAAUUUGAAGUCAAGUUUAUGAUGGGGUUCUUCCAUCAAAGCAUAAAAAAAGUAGUAAAAGCAAAUAAAAUCAGCUUCGGUCAGAGUAAGGAUCAUAAAUCGUUGAAAGUGCUGAAAAUCUGUCUUAGUAUGUGAGGGUGGGAUACUUAACCCCGUGUGUCAUGGUUGUAUGACAUGUUGAUACCCCAGCUGAUGUCUAUUUUAGGCAUGUGCCGUCGCUCCGAACGAUGAUGACACUUUCUUUGCUCCUCAUCCUCCCACCGAAUUGGAAGAAGCUUAACCAAUCAAGCUGUGCAGCCUGGAGCCAGCCAGUCAGGCCGCUUCUCAAGCCCUCCACACCUGCUUGGGGGGCUUCACUCCUCACCAGCAGCCUGCCGCUGAUCUCCCGGGGUCAGCGCAGGGCCUCGCCAAGGUUGUCCCCUCUGUGCGCCCCAGUUCUCUUCGAACUGGCUGGGUGUGGACAUCCUGGAAGGGCGGGUUAGAAAUCGAGACUUUUGAGCGGUGUUUGUGGAAUGCUGAUGAUUUGACGUGACUGUUGGUGAGGUUGUGGUUGGUAAAAGAAGAAAGUUGGUAAAUUUUGUUUUAUCAGAGUUGAAUGUUAACUUCAACACUCGUUCUGUAGUCGUCUAAAAAAAAGUGUUAAAUCCGUGUCAGCUAAUUAACCCGCUUCGGUCUUUUAACCCAUCACUGAAGCUCAACAAUAGUCCCUCAAAGCCGAUCACAGUACCUCACUGUUCCCUGACACAGUCAUAAAGUGAGUAAAAACAUGAAUAGCUUUAUUGACUCCAUCCUGACAGCUUGCUGGUUCCAUAUAGAGGCAAGCAGUGUUCCAGCUAGUAAAACUGCAGCGUGGGGAACAAUAGGACCACAGGAGUGAAACAUGGGUGCAAAUCCUGCCGGCUGUGUCCAGACUUCAGAGGAGCUCAAACAGCCCCCACUUUGUCCGGCUAAGAAACAGAGCUAUGAUCAAUAGCAGCUCUGUUGUAUGAAGUUGGUCAGUCUGUGGCACACCCCCGCCCUCCCUCCUUCUCUUUGCUGUUUCAUAUUUUUCAGAAGCUCAUUAUUUCUUUCUGCAGAGGGUGUGAGUGCUAAAGAGGCUCACAUGCAAUGUGUAUCUGACAGCCCUGAAAUAUUAAUGGUCCCCAGUGUAGGAGGUUGGUAUAGGGCCUGCAUAGUUUCAGUACAAAGGGGUGCCUUCUCGCCACCAGGCUUUAUUAGCCGAGCUGUUAAAUGAAUGGAUGGAUACAAGCCCGGGCUCUUUCUUGAUGCUUCCUUUUGUGUUUUAGCGCUAAACUUCAAACCGCUCUCUCCCUCUCUCUCUGUAACAAUUUCCAGAAUGUACAUUGAACUGGUUUUCAUUGGAGACUCACACUGACACACAGACACAGACACACACAGUGUUAAAGAAGUUAUGCUGCAAUGUUGAGCUUUCAGUGGGAGGACAAGAGGAGGGUUCUGCUAUCAGUUCAUUUUGUGUGGUCUCUCUCUCAUAAAAAAACUCCCUGUUCUUCGACUGUGAAAAAAGCCUGUCUUUAAUUUUUGGGAAACCCAUAAAACUUUGUCGCUCCUUUCAUAUCGGCAGCAGAAUUGAAAACAAAUGCUACAUUCUCCCCUCCUUUCCUUUGAACUGGCCAAUUAUGGAGUUGUGAAAAUAAAAAUCAGUCUGUAGAUCUCCUUACCCCCUCUGCCUCUCUUUUCUUCCCUUCUCUUUCUCUUCCCCCUCUCUCUCUCCCUCUUUCUUCCUCAGUCUCCCUUUUUUUCUCCUCCCCCUUGUUUUUGAAGAAACCGAGGGGGAUCACUGAUGUCAAAGUCAAAACCAAGAGCAUUAAGAAAACUGGCGAAAUGCAAUACAGCUGCAAUCCGACAUGACGCUAGAAAAUAAGGCUGAGGAGCAGAAAGCCUCCCUCCCGUAUUCCCAGGGCGCGCAACUGCUCCCGGCCUUGGCUUUGAUCUCUUCAAAGCCUCCUGCCUCCUACUAGAUGGAGAGUCUUGGCUGCCGCUCGUGAGCGCUGGAGAGAGGCAGGGAGGGAGAUGGGGGUGUUUUUUUUUUUUUUUUUUUUUUUUUUUUGAAGGGGGGAGAAACGUCGUCUUUUCCUUUCCAGGGCUGAAAUCAAUCACAGUGCCGAGGCAAUUAUGUGUAAUUCAAGCCCAGCCAGAUUAGUGACUCCUGUUACCUGAGCGACCGGAGCUCUGUAAUCUGCCAGACACACCGGCCUCACCGGCAAAAAGGAGUAGCCAGGCACAGGCGAGGGCACUUGAGGGAAAGGAAGGGAUUGAGGGAGAGAGGAGAGGUGCUGAAAAGCAGGCUGCCAUGCUGCUGUCCAGCAGAGCAGAAAAUCAGAGUACAAUGGAGUGAUUACACUUGCAGAUGUAGCCAUAUUUAUGACGAGGUGGAUAGAGAGAGCAGAGAGAAUGACGAGCGCUGAUUGCCAUGGAGCUUUCUAGUUAGCGUGCUAACGAGCCGGCUCUCUUUUGUGUCAGAACAUGUGCCUGAUGUCACCUCCACUGUGCUCCCAGUCCUCCCCCACCAUCCUCCGCCCUGUCCCCCCUCCAGUGCCAUAUCUCUAUCCCUCAUGCCCUCCGCAGCUGGCUCUGAAAUGCAAGCUCGGCCAAGGCUCCUGCCCCAGGCGCCCAAUUUACUAUGGCUGGAGAAAAACUCAGUGGCCCCGAGUCACAGAGGAAAACAGGCGAGCUGAAUGCCGCUCUCUCCCCGCUGCUGCUGCUGCUGCUUCUCGUCUGAUCUGUGCGACUGCUUCAGUGUCUUAACACACAGCAGUGUAACAAUUUACACCCUUCUGCUUUUUUAUACGGCUCACUGAGGAGAUUUAUCCCAAUUAUGUUUGCUCCGAGUUUAGGCAAAUCUAGAACGAUGUAGGAGUUUGAUGUUCAUGACUAAUACCACCUAGCGUACGUUAUGAGAUUAUUUAUUUGUAUGGCUUUUUUUCUUUUUUCUUUUCGACCCAUGCUACGUUCAUUUGGGGUUUGAGAAAUAAAUAAUAGGUCGGAUAAAAGGCCAAAGUAAAAUGCAGAUUCACAGGUUUAGUGUCUAAUUGGUGAUAUAUGAUUGCCUGCUCUUUGAUUCUUCCUCUGUGCUUGCUCUGUUAGCACUGAUGUCACAGGGAUGAGAACAAGGCUUUGUUUUUUCCUCAGCAGUCACUUGAUGCAGGAUGAUGAAACCCACAAAGAUCUCUAGCAAGAACGUGUUUAUUCAUCUGAUGAGCUCGCCUUGUGCUUCGUGUUUCUUUUGAUCAUCGGUCCGCUCGGUCGGUGAUGGAAGGCUCUUAUUUUCCUCAUGGGAUGUACACAUUGAAUUAAUUAGAUAUACCGUCCUGUUUUUAUACAUCCUGGUUGAUCAGGAUAGUUUGAACAAGGCGGCGUGUAAGGAAGUGUAGCUGACUCUAAAAAUAUAAAGGUCACGCCGAAUGGAUUAUGUGGCAUUAAUGGAGCCACCGUCCAGCUCAGCAGGGGCCCUUAAAAUCCACUAGCAGCCAUAACCCCUCAGCUCGGGGGCCAGGUGACGCUUUUCAUGUCCUCCAGUGGAGAAACAUCACAGAGGCCUCCUCCACUUUGAGCUGCCCGUCAUCAAACAAUGCAUCAAAACAUCAAAUCAAUCCACCCCCACUAUAUCCCUGUCUUUUGAGAUGAAAGAUAGGGGAAGUGUGAGUGCCCAUCGUGCCCCGCACCUUAAAUCUACAUUUGCAUGUCUCCCAACCCCUAACGGUGAAACCACUUCAAUAUCCGCACAACACAGCGUACAAGUUGUUUGCUUUUUCAUAAAACUUUCAACUGUGCGGCCUAACCUGUCAUUUUGUCAGCAUCUAUUAGACUGCAUCAACGGAACUUCUUGAUGUAGGUAAGAUAGGAGAUCUAAUCGAAGGAUAACGAUGCUAAAGUCUUAUACCUGAUUAGAAAGAGAGGAGGAAAUCAGCAUCUAUUCUUUUGAUUCAAGGAUUGACCUGUUGACUGUGGAAACCCUUAGCUGAGCUGUGACUGGCUCAAACUUAAGCCUGGACAUCACAUAAAUGAACUAACACUCACCUUGGUUCUGUAAGAUUUCGAGGCAAAGGAAAGAGGUGUCUCAAAAUGAUCUGAGGGGCCGAGUGUUUCAGCUGUCGUGAGAAUCACCAACAGAAGGCCCUUUUUUCAAAAACCAGUCAGAUAAUUUGCAGCACAUGCUGCUGCUUAUUCAAGUUAAUGUUGAUUUCUUAAUAGCUGUAUGAGAUUAUAUUGAACAUGAGCAGUCGGCCAUGAAUAAAUCCAGUUUUGAGCUGUAUUACAACCACAGUGUGUCCUUUGUACGGCUUAUCAUUCAGAAUCGUGGCAUCAGGUGCAUAAGAGUGGCCUAUAAUGUUGCCGUAUCCAUACGGCCCCGAGCCUAAGGAGUCUCUUUUGUGCUUCUGAAAUUCACUAUUACCAUUUCUUUAGAGGUAUCAAGGGAUAAGCAGACGUUGUCUGUUGCCAUGUUGUACAUGGUCAUUGUUUUGUUUGGACUAGAGCUCACAAAACCCUGUCACAAAGCUAAUUGAUGAGGCGGAGUUUUCAUGUGACCAUUCAGAUCUUUGGAGAGGUUCUUUAAGUGUUCUCCAAGCCAGCAGGGACGAAGAAAAGCCAUUUGUUCAGAGGGGAUCAGAUUUGAAUGGCUUUGUGCUUUCCAUUCAGAUCUUAACAGGGGCGUGUGUGCCCGGCCAGGAAGGACCCCUAAAAUCUGUGGUUUGAUUAAUAGCUAAUACCAGGCUCAAAGGCAGUUGUUGGUUGUCUUUACUAGUUAAUCCCUUAAAAUGUGGACUCACACCCAAAUAGGAGGCUGCUGGUAGUGUUGCAGAAUCCACAAUCUGAAUGAGCUGAGAGGUCUGGAGUGUGAUCCAAAAUCAUGACUGUGUCUAGCUCUCUGGCAUGAUCCUGAUUAAAACCAGAGCAAAAGCAGGUUUUAAUAUAAUAAUAAAACACACACAUCUUUGUCCACAAGAGAACUUGGAAGUAUAAGGAGACAAAGUGAGUGUAGUGUGUUCAUGGAGAUGAAAGGAGGGUCGGUUAUUGGGGUCUAAAGUUCAGUUCAAAGGCGGGACACAGGUGUCACGACAUCCGAGGUCACAGGGCUUCAUUACAUAACCGCACAUACAGCACCUAACCACAUCACAACAAACGUGAUACGUGGAGUUUUUCUGUUUCAUGAAGUCAUCAGUUGCACCGGUUCACUAAUGCGUCAGUAUUUUUAUUCUUUCUAUGCUCACCCCUAGUGUCGGUGGGUGUGCAUCUGUCUGAGUGAAAUACAGAAGGAAAACUAGGUCAAUACUCUCUACAGCUCAGGCACAAGCUGCUCUCAUUCAAAUCACCUCCCCAUCCACAUUUUCCAAGUGUGUGCCAUUAAAAACCUUCCCCACAAACGCUGCAGCGCCUCUACAGCCUGGUGGCUGUCUGUCUUCUGUCUUCGUCCAGAUUUCCCUUGCUAGCUUCCAGUGCUAAUAUUUACCUCUUCCUUCCUGCGGAUGUAAUGUGCAGUGUUGCAACAGAACUAGCUUAGAAUUAGGGGGAAAAAGAGGACGGUCUCCAGCUCUCGUCUCCACAGGUAGAGACGUACAAAGACCCCCACCAGACUCUAUUUUCCCCCCUCAACGCUGAGCUCCCAAAUCCAAACUGACAGCCAUUCAUGCCCAGAAUACCUGGGCGAAAGCUGAGGGGGGGAAACACUAUCUAGGUGUAGCAGGCAAAUCCUCUCUUGUUCAACGGCUCUAUGAAGCUCCUGCAUGCAGCAACUCAUCAGCACUUUUCCCUCCAUUCUGUACUGCGUUUUAUUUCCCUCUCUCUCUAUGUCUGUCUGUGGUAUUGUGCAGAGGCUAAGAUUUUAGCGCGCUUACCACACAGAGUUAGCUUGUGCUGCGUUUUUAUUUGUGUACAUCUCUCAGGGCCUUCCAGUGUUGUUGUUUGAAUGUGGAUGUUGGCACCACAGCACAGCCUGGCAUGAAUGUAGCUACUCAGCAGACCAGAGCUGGCUUCUAAUGAUAAAUCAUGCAGUGUGUUAAUGCAGCAGCAGCAGCAGCAUGGCUAUAAAUAGUCGCCGGGAGAGAGAGAGAAAGAGAGAGAGAGGGAUGCCGAUUGAUUCAGAAAGCAAAAUAAAGAGUGACCCAAACAUUUUCUGCUUGUGGUCAACUGUGAACAGUCGGUUCAAACUCAGGACAGAGAAAAACACUCCCUGUGGUUUGAAACACGCAGCUGAUCAGGUAAAAAAUGGAAUGACGCAGCUGAAGACAUCAGGACUCUUAUUGUAAUAGAUGAACCUAUUGACUGAUACCACUCAUCCAGAUGCAAAGACUUGAGUAAAAGUGGAUUGCUCCGACACUUUACCAAGAAACAUUAGAAAAACACUCAUUGCUAAUCUGUCACUAGCUUUGUCUAAUGCUUUCAUCUCUACCAGUACUAAAUUGUUGCUGUUUUUGUUUGUUAUCUUCACAUAAAGAGUGACCCUAGAUAAGUCAGUUGUUUUAUUACUUAUAAGGGCUGGGAUGAUAUGCUUGUACGAUUUUUUGGAUGCCGAUUCGAUUUAAAUUGUGAUUCUACGAUUUUGUCGAUUUUCUCAAUUUUUAGUUUGCAUUUUUAACACCAGUGAAACUGUUAUAUGAUAAUGAAUGUCCACUGAUUAUCCCAGGAACCAUAUUUUCCCCAAAAUACACAUCACAUGUAAGUCAGUUUUUAAGAUUGUUUCUUAAAUUAAAAAAAAAAAUCGAUUUUUUAACAUAGAAAUCGAUUGAAAAAUUGUAAAACAAAAAAUCGCGAUACUUAUGUGAAUCAAUUUUUUCUUCCACUCCUAUUACUCAUGGUAAAGGAUUGGUGCAUUGACAGGCAUACUUCUCAUUACAAAACAGAAUACUGUUUUGGGUUUUGGUGUCUAUUUUCCAGAUGCAGCCGAUUCUCAUUAACUAAAUAAGUGCUAACAAAUUAGGGAGAGUAGAAAUUGAUGCUAACGUCCCACAUUCGGUCGAUUGAAAGUAGUGUUGUUACAGAGGGCAGCCAUGUUCUUAGAAGAGUCAUAUGUAGCUGCCUAUCGGGUGCCCGAGUGUGUGUGCGGUCUGCCUUUUGUGUAUGUGUUUGCGUGCGCGCUCGCAGGCCUGCUGACUGUGGCACUUCAGCAGAAUGUUUGCCCUUUCCUCAAUCCUUUGAUGUGACCAGGUCCUGCUGUGAUAAUGAGCCCUGUGCCCCGCCGCAAGGUGAACAUCCUGCAGUUCGCCCAGGGCUCUGCCAGAGCAGCAGCCCACCCCCCCCUCUACACACAAACACACACACACAUACGCGUACACACUCACGUACACACACGUACACAGAUUCUUUGUGAAUAAAGCAGUGUAGUGGAGAAGCAGACCUCUACUCACACCUGAUCAUCUUCCACAUGCUGCUCAGAUCGUGUGAAUUAAGGGUGGGAGAAAAACCGAUACAGCAUAGUAUUGCAAUAUUUUGUCUGGUCUGGUGAUAUAUCGUAUCGUCUCAUUUACCAAGUAUCGCGAAAAAUAAAAUCAACUGUUUGUCCAGUGAGGUUGGCAGAGGAGACAUCUUAGAGCAGGAGAAAAUUAGUACAACAAAUACAUAUAAGGUUUGCAAGAUUUGUUACAUGAAAAUAAAAUACAGCAUAAAUAAGACAAACAAGAAGGAAAGACAAAUGUUAAAUUAGAUAAACAGUUAAAUGUUAAAACUCGCAAUAAUAUUGUAUCGUAGCCCAAGUAUUGUGAUAAUAUCUGAUUCCCACCCCUAGUAUGAAUAUGCUCGUCAUCCGUCAUAGGGUAUAAAAACAUUUCAAACUUUAACAGGCAACACAUCUGACUUCAGUGACCAAAACCAACAUUAUCAAAUUACAAAAAAAGCCCAAAUCUUUAUUGAAGCUGGUUGAUCACCCUUUUAUCAAAAUUCCCACUAAAAGACCAAAACUAAUGUUAAAUGUGUAAAACAGAAAAUGCCUUUAUUGUGCAGCCAAACCCUGACUUAUCACGUUCUCUCUUUUUUUUUUUAAAGACUGAAACCAUGAGGAACACACCACUGAGCCAAACCACCAAAUCAAAUUAAUGCAACUGGUCAAAAACAAAAGCAGCAGUUGGUUUCUGGGGACUUCAAAGUGAAAUGAUAAGGCCAUGUCCCGAGAUUUAUAGGUUUACAGCUGAAGAAGUUUUAACCAGACUUGGACAACAUCAUCUUAUGAUCAUCAUCUUAACAUCUCUUUGCCAGACCCCUCUGCCUCAGGUCUUGUCUCACCCAGUCAGGAUUCUUUUUUGCAUAAUCACUUGCUCUUCUUAGCGUUAUCCCACCAUAGAUACAUGGAUACCAAGUAAAUAUUCAAACAAGCUGGUAGUUUUAAUUUGAUAUGACUAAAAAAAGAAAAUAAGCUAUGCAGCUAAAAAGUUGUCACUCAGUUUCAGCGGUUGGCGGCACAUCAGCGUUUUUCUCUGUUAGUGUUUUCUUCUCCCUCAACAGUGCCUGUCUUCUUAAGUUUGGUUGAUGUUUCUUUGGCUUACCUCUGUGAUUUAACAUCCCUCUUUUAUGUCUGCGUGGUUUUCAUCCUCAUGGACAGGUCAGCAAUCUAAAGCUUUGUGCCCACCAAAUAAACAGAAGGUAAUAGAAAUAUUCUCUGUGUUUUGAUCAUGAACGAACAUUUUGCCUCGUUGGUAUCAGAAAGAUGAGAUAAUAAACCGUAAAAAUGGAAUAAGAACCUGUGAUUGCUUGUGUAGUUUUACUUCGAAGGCAGCUGAGCGUGAUCACAGUCAGGGCUGUGCUGUCAUGCUACUUGUUAGCGUGGUGGCUAUAAUUAUCAGACUGAAUCACUACUGUGCGUACAUUCAGUUGGAAAGUUCCUGCUCGUGUGAAAUCGCUUUAAUAUCUGUGAGUGUGAGCUGAUUUUAUUGAGAUCGAAUAAAAAAAGUUGUUGAGUUCCUGCCUAACACGAAACAACAGUUUGUAAUUCCAACCCCCAAGGCUGUAGAGAGGACACGCUGAUGUCAAAUGACUCUCUACUCAAAUAACUAUUGAUAAACAAGCAAAAUAUAGCGGUUUGAUCGUUUUUAUUGUUCAUUUUUUGCUCUUUUUUUGAUAGCUCCUCAACAAAAAAAUGAAGAGUUGAAUACUUUCAAAAGCGGAUAAAGUAUUUCAUCGGAGGCAGGCAUAUUUCACACAAAUUAUCUUCUUUGCACGUUCAGGGUGUCACUGUGAGAGCAGCUUGUGUGAUUGGUUUGCUCGGAGCACAUGCUCUUCAUGCCAACUGAAGGAUGAUGGGUAAUCCACCUCGACCUAUUCAGUUGUGCUCGGUGGCGGCGGCGGCGGCGGUGGUGGGGGGAGACAGUCAGCUGUUAAUAGCUCCUUUGUGUUCAUAUGUAGCAUGUAUGUGUUAAAUUCAUUAAACCCGUGGUUUUCAGUGUCUCUGAUCCCUCAAAUGUACCAUGACCGUUGUUUACAGCAUGUUUAUGUGCUUUAGUGGUGUUUUCCCCCUUGUGGAUUUCAUGUUUUCACAGUGGCGUGUGCAGGCCGUGUUUAUUAUAAAGUGAAGUGUAUAUGUUGGUGUUAAGAGGACAGCAUGACCAGUUUCCUCGCAUGAUAAAGAUGUCCUGCCGGUUAAACCAUAACAUAUCUCUCUUUGCUGUCGAACUUGAGUCUGCAGUGUUUGUCUUUAAGGUUUAUUUUCCAUUUUUUAACAAACUGCCCUCAAUCCUCAGUGUCUUAAUUCUCUUCAACUUUUGGCCUCAGACAGGAAUUCUGAUUGAAAUGACAGAACAGGUAGAAGAAGAGAUUAGAAGAAGGGGGGAGUUUUACAGAUGUAAUUUUGUCUCCAGGGCAGGCUUUUCCUGAUACUCGUAGCCUCCUCCACUUCUGUCCUCCUGGUUGGUUUUGCUUGUUCGUCUCAUUACCCCGGGCUUGUGGCGCUCCUUUACUCGCUGGCGGCCCAGCUUUCUUCUCCAUUAAUUGGGUUUUGUUACAUUAAGCCCUCUGGCCGUCCUGCCAAUAAAGCAUUCCAUUUUUAGCACUUCUCUCCGAGCUGCUGGGGUUCGACCUGCUCUAUGAAUGGUAAUUGGUUAUUUAUUUAAGCUUCCUCAGGUUGGUCUCCACUGGUUUUGGUAAAGAGGGAAGGGAGGAGGGAGAUGCGGUCCCUUUUCUUUUCCGUGCUGUACAGCUUCUGUGGGAAACUGUUUGCUCACUUUUGUGGGAAAGAGGUCGAACAGUUUGCACACAGACACACCUGAGAGUGAACACCUGGUGUGGACACACCUUUGUCACAUAUUGCACAUUUCAGAUUUAUAGUCUUGCAUCUGUGAUUUGGUCUUCUGUAUGACUAUGCUGUCAGGGAAGCAGGACAUGGUAUUUAAAAAAGAUCCAUGCAGGUUUUCUCCUUUAGUAAUCAUUCCCUCAAUAGAGGACCUCAUUUCCUCAGGUGGUUGAAAUUAACCUGUAUCAAUACUUUAUGGUAGGGCUGGGCGAUAAAAUGAUAAUGAUACAUAUCAAAACUUAAUUUCCCUCAAUAUCAAUAUGAAACAUGGUCAGUAUGCUUCCUGAUAGUCGGCAUUCUGCCAUGUUUUGGUAGACUGUACGAAUAGCCAAUGAAAAGGGGAGUUGCUCCAGGUCUGCGCCGCGCUGAACCGACCAUUCAGUCCGCUUUCUCUAGCACAACAACUAAGAGACGUCAAAGGGACACAAAGAUGCAGUAGCUUAUUGUAUUCCAAAAGACAUCCUACCAAUAAGCACUGAUAAAUGUCAUUUUUUAUAGCAUGAUAUAUAUAUCGAUAUCGACUGAUAUGAAAAAAAAUAUUGUGAGAAACUUUUUCCCGUAUCGCCCAGCCCUACUUUGGUACAGUUAAGAGGAACAAUUUCUACCUCAUCUUUCUUUUCUGACUUCUUUUAAUAUUCUGGGCUGUAUUUUCUGGUGCAUCCUCUCCCUCAGAGUGCUAACAGCCCUGUGAGUUGGGUAAGGCCAGGUUUCAGGGUGAGGAGGGCUUCUUAGUGAAAAGAUUUGGCAGCAUGGGAAUCCAUCGCCGCCACUUGAGCUGCCAUCUCCCCAGCUGUUUGUGAAACACCUCACAUGGUUUCCACACACUUGAUUGUAGCUGCAGGCGCAAAGAGUCCUCAUUGCAUAUAAAUUACAGAAGUGGGAAGUGAUUAUUAUAAAAUUCCCGCUUUCCCUUUUUUCCACUCCACUCUGCAGAAGUGGUAUAAUUGAGUGGAGUACAAAAGCAGUGCUGCAAGGGGAGAGAGGGAGAGAGAUGCUAAAAGGCAUUAUUGCAGGGAUACUUAUUGCAUAUAAACGUGCAAACACCAAUGCUCGUGCUCUGAAACCUCAGCAGGACGGUGAUGGAGUUGAUGGACUCGGAGACACCAGCAUGCCGACACAAACGCUCUCCUUAAUUAAAAGAAAAAAGAAAACAAAAAGAACCAAAAAUGAAACACUCCUUCCCCACCCCCAUUUUCAGACGGCACGCCAAAGUCACUGGCUCCCCAUGCUGAAACAAACUGGAGUGUCUCCUCCAUGGAGGGCUCCCUGCCAGCUCCAGUUCCGCACAAUGAAUUUCUCUUAAAACCACAUCUGAGAGGUUCUUUAGGAGGGCCGGCCAAGCCUGGAUAUGAAAUUCCAAAUGGAACGUUUUCUUUUCAGUCCUCGCCGCCUCUCCUCUUUGGCUCUCCCUGAAAAUAUGAAUAGAAAGAUCCUAAGCCUAUUAUUUCUCCUUUACAAUAAAAAGGGGGACCUCCAAUAUGGCCGCCCUCCAUCACGAUCAUACCACUGCUGCAUCUGCUGCAGCCAGCAGCUCUGACAGUGAGGACCGGGAUGAGAGGGGGAUCAAACCCGGCAAAUGUGGUGUGACCCUGAUGAUUGUGGUCACUUGAGUGGAAGUGUGUUGUGCUUUUUGUGUGUAAAUGCAUAUUUUUGUGUGUGUGUUUAGAUAGCCAACACGCUGCUCAUGUUAAAGAAUUAUAAGGAUGUCUCUGUAAAAGCUGUUGCUGCUAAAUAACUGCAACUUAAAGAUGAAAUCGUCACCACAUGACACGACAUGAUUUCGAAUCUCCCAUCGUACUACUGUAUGGAUGUUUAGAUUGAAGCCUCGCUGCUUUCUUCUGGAUGUAAACUUGGUUAGUCAUGGUAUGCAGUUUAUGUAAAUGGCCAUAAACUCUGUAUUGGUCACAGAGGUCUGCAGGUUUUUUCCAGUGGAUUUCACCACAAAAGAGGCAGUUUAUUAAGAAGUGGAGAAGAAUUGGAUCUGACAGAUGUGACUGAGAAAAGCACAACAAAUGGUUUCACCUCUGGGGAAGAAGAAGAAGAAGCCUUGAGCUUCGACUGGCACUAAAGGGUGGAUGAGUUAUUUUUUUUUUUUAGUAUUGUGGUUUAUGUUUUUGGAGCAAGUAAAGCACGUUUUCUUUGUCUAUACUGGUGUCUCUCUCUGCUUCAAGUUAAAGAGGUCCUUGAGCUAAACGUUAACCCCUCAGGUUCUUAUCUUUUUUCCCACCGGAGAACAAAUGGGAGUGGAGAGGCGUAAAAGAAUAUGGGCGAGAAUGCUAUCAUUUAGCCCCUGCUGCAGGCAUGUCCCAGCUGCCCAGGUCCUGGUUAGUCCUCCUUCAGGGUUUGCAGCACUCCUGUAUAAUCCCUCCCCUCUUUGGGAUGAGGUCUGGCACUCCUACUCUCAGAGAUUAUCCCGUCACCUUUGACUCGCGUUGACCGGGGUCAAAGAACCUCACUCACCUGGGCUAAUCUGAAGAGCCUCAUGGCCUAAUUAGUUUUCAGGUGGGAUUUGUGUUGUUCUGGCUGAAGCAGACAGCGAGUGCAGACUCACAUGGUUAGAAAAAAACACUGAACUGUGAACUGUGCUGCAUGAUGAGGCUCAUAUCGAGAAGCAGGACUGGGAAAGAAAAUGGCUGGAGGAGAUGAGAUUCCCAGACCGAUAAGGCGUCUGAUGUGGAUGACAUGUCAUGUGGUUGGGGAGACCUCUUUUAUUUCCACAUGCUCACACACACACACACACACACACACACACACACACACACACACACACACACACACACACACACAAAACCACACAUACUGGCCUUUUGUGUUCCCAGUUUGGACGUUCCCAGAAGGUGGGGUGGGGGGUGGUGGUAUUAAGUUGAGCGCGGUGCCAGUCAGUGAGCGGUUCGUGGGUAACUUGGACAUUCCAGGCGCCCUUGUGGUCCAGGGAUUUUGUGUUUGUGUGUAUGUGUGGUCAGAGGGGCACCACUCAGCACUGCGGGACUGCCACCGUGGUGGACAUGUCCCUAAAGUAAAAGCUGAUUCAGAGGUGUCCCUUUUUUGGAUUUUUAUCCCUUCCUCUGAACUCAGAUGAGUCUCUUUGCAACAUUUGGAACCAGGUCACUUUCCCCACAAGAGCCCCUGAUUACAUUUUAGUGAAACCCUUUGAUUCAAACUUGUGGGAGGGCUUUGGUGUAAGCAUGUCUCACCCAAUUGUGAACUGAUGUCGUCUCCGAUUAGCCUGAUAUCCUGUGGAGGUGAUAUUUUGACUCCAGCUCAGCUCUGGGCUCAGAUUGUGAACAGUAGAUUUAGCAUGGCUAAGCAUUACCAUGUGUUCAGUGCUGCUGAAGCAUGUAAGCACUGUCGGCUGGGGGCUGGGGGUUGGGGUUGGGGUUGGUGCCGGGCUCUUCUGGGCCUGGCUCGCUCUAUUUUGGUUGUCAGGAGGAGGCAGGUCUCUGUGAGUCAGCCAGGGAUGGGAGGCCACUGUUGACGUGAUUACCCCUGCAUUAAGUACUGCUGCAGACAUUUGUCUCACUCACGGUCUCUCUCUCUCUCUCUCUCUUUCUCUUUCUCCUUCCCUCCCCUCCCUUCUCCUCCUCCUCCUCCCCCUCCUCCUCCUCCUCCAUCCCUCAUCUCUCCUUCCCCCGGCUCUUGCUCUGUAAUGAACUCCCCUUAUUCACCAGCUAAUGACUCCCUUUGAUCUCCCGCCUAAGACCUCUGCUCUAACUCUACCCUGUGAAUCUCUCUUUUCUCCCCUCUCUUCACUCUAUCUCUCGCUCACUCGUCUUUGCUCCCGCUCUGGUUGCAUCUCUUGCUCUCUAUCUCUCUUUUUUGCUGUCUCAAACAUGCUCAAGCACCUCUUUGACUUGUUUUCCUCUUUUUUUGGGAGGGAGUUGAGUUUUUGGUCCUGCUGACCUCGGCUAAACAAAGUUUUUAGGUGCUGAGCUCUGGCUGCUGAAAAGAGAAGAAAUUAAAGUUAUUUACUUUCUCUUCUUGAGCGUACUGUUAAGCUUCCCCUUACAUCUACAAGUAGGCAGACCACCUGGACUAAAUGUUGCUGUACUAGUUCGCAGAUCGUGUAGCAUGGAGUAGGAGUAUUAUGCUAAAGCCUGUGUGCAGUGUCUGUAAUCGCUCAUAUUUUUAAUGUUUGUGUUUGUGUUCCUUCACAGUCCAACAAAGUCCCCGUGGUGCAGCCGUCCCAUGCAGUCCACCCUCUCACCCCCCUGAUCACGUAUAGCGAUGAGCACUUCGCCCCAGGGUCCCAUUCUGGUCAUCACCCACAGGAUGCCAACAACAAAGGUAUAAAUAUCCAUUCAGAGCACAUCAUGACACUGGACUCUGCAGCAGAAAUAUGUAAAUCAGUAUUCUGGGAGUUUUUUUCAAUCAUUUUGAUUCAAAAACUCAAAGUUGUUUUCCAACUGGGUGCAAAUAUCAGUCUUUUAAUAUCUUGUUUUAUCUCCCUCGGUACAAAAAUAGAUAGAUAUUCAGACUGAAAUAGAAAAAUAAAGACAAACAAACAGGCAGAACAAAGGCAGAUGUUUGAGAGUGUGAAUCUCUUGGUGUGCCUGUGACUACGUCAGAUCAAGAUGUUUUUUUGUGUGACUUUUAGCUUGAUCUUUUCCAGGUGUUUCUGCUCGUGCUCUCUCUUUCUCCUACAUUUAAAAUACCAUCACAUUUGGUGUGCGUGACAAACUUUUGAUGCCUAAAAAGUCAGCUGCGUCGUGUUUGCGAGUGCGACAAAAAUACCUGCGUAAAGUUUUGUAUCUUCUUUCUCCUCCCUUCAAACUAAUGAAUAAGAAAUAUUGUGAUUUGCUAUGAUAUUGUCGAAUUGUGAAAUUGACGUGGUUGGAAAAAAAGCAAGGAAGGAAGUAAGGUAGGAAGGAAGUAAGGUGGGAAGGAAGUAAGGUAGGAAGGUAGGUAGGAAGAAAGGAAGGAAGGAAGGAAAGGAAGGAAGAGAAAGAAAGAAAGAAAGAAAGAAGGAACGAAAGAGAAAGAAGGAAGGGAAGAGAGAAAAAGAAGGAAAAGAAAAGAAAGAAGGGAAGAAAGAAAAAAAAGAAAAAACAAAGAAGAAAGAAAGAAAGAAAGAAGCAAAAACAAAGAAAGAAAUAGGAAAAAAGAGAGACACAAAAACAAAGAAAGAAAGAAAGAAAGAAAGAAAGAAAUAAGCAAAAACAAAGAGAAAGAAACAAAAACAAAGAAAUAAAAAAAGAUCAAAUUAAUAAAGAAAGAAAGAAGCAAAAACAAAGAAAGAGAAGAAAAAAGAAAGAAGGAAAGAGAAAGAAAUAAGGAACAAGAAAGAAAUAGAAAGAAAAAAGUUUUAUCUAAAGAAAGAAGGGGAGAUACUAGCAGGUAAUAAAUCUUGGGUGUUGCUGGUUGACUCUGGCAGAGCGGUGAAUAAAGAUUGUUCAGGAAAGAGGAAGCUGCACGUCUGCAUCAAAACUGCAGAGGACCACUAGCAGGACCACAGUUUAACAGUUUACCCCUGAAACAGACUGCACCCCAUGUAGCAGUGUGACAUAUUCUAACUAAUGAAUAAUCAGCUUGUUCUUCAUUGAACUGAACUAUCACCAGAGUUUAUUUUCUGAGUCCCCACCUGUCAGAACUGUCAGGAAUCCAUCAAGACAACAAAAAAUCAAAGUGUCACAGCAAAGCCAUCCUUCUCUCCCCACUCCUUCACAUGAACUCAUUUGAAGCAGCAGCCUGUGGGACACGGUGCGCCGAGCUCCCCUGCCCUCUCUCCCUCGCGCUCUCUGCCUCUCAGUAACAACAUCACAGCUCUGCUCUGACAGCUGCAGACGAGCUGCUCAGCAGUGAGGACGAGCCUCCGCAGCCUCCUCAGCCCCACGCAGCUGGAGACUUUGGCAGCUUCUCGCUAAUGCUGAAAAAAAGACGUGGGCCCUCCGCAGUUUUGUCCCUGCACCUUUUCUUCCUCUUCUCUUUCUUCUUCUUCUGGCUUUCUUCUCUCGCGGCUGCCAGUUGAAAAGGGGAAGAGGGAUCAGACAGGAUGUAGGCGAUGAAGAAGUUGAGGAUGAGGCUGGGAGGUUCUGAGGAACCGGCUAUAAAUAACAAUGUAGAACAGAGUACACAGAGUAGUGAGAUGAAGGGAAUGAGAGACGUUUUAAGAAUCUGUGCUCCACAUAUGUCAGAGGAAUCAUACAUCAGACACAGUUUGUUGAAUAUUUCUCCAAUGGAAGCAGGAAAGAAUUUGUGUUGACACGAAAUCGAGCAGUAAAUCACAGUCUGCACAUGCACGCAAUAGAUUUUAGAAAGUUAUUGUCAUGUAAGUACAAUUUACAAGAUAGUGCUUUCUUUUUUUUCUGUGUUGGUCCGUUUAGUUGCUGAAGAGCAGAGGAGACCCCCGGAGGUCUUGUUCUUCACACUAUAUUUGAUCUUUUCGCCCGCAGCCUAACAGAAAUCUAAGUCCAGGAGAGCCAGUGGCGGAAUUAGCUGCAAAUGAUUUCCCAAGGCAUAUUCAUGAGUGUCUACUACCAGCAGAGCCAAGCUGGAGAUGCUGGAAAUCUCUCUUAUUCUCUUUUUAUACUCCUCUCUCUCUCUCUCUCUUUCUCUCUCUCCCGGUCUCUCUCUAAUAUCGACCAAUUGCUGCUCUGCCUUCCUUAGUGGGCUCAGACUUUGAUCUGCUUGUUAAUUAUGAAAAACAAUCAUGGAUUUUCUCAUUAUGAGCUCUAAUAUGCACAGGGCCGCAGUGCAGGAUGGAAGGUCGGGUGAGGGAGGAAGGAAGGGGGGGUGUUUGAACAUUUUGCAUCCCAACCUUGUAUGUGUUCCUCUCUGUAAAAAAAUAAAAGUAAAAUUGAAAUGUAACACAGUAGCACUAAUUUGAAUGUAAAUUAUUCCCACAUAUAACAAUGAGAAUCGUGUCAGCGUUGCUUGUUUUGAGAGGAAAUGCAAGUGUGAAGCUUUGUUGGGCGUCAGCGGGAAAGUGUGAACAGCACUGUGAGUAAUUAGGCACCUUAAGGGGUGUGAGUGACAAGGUUAACACGUCGGGGCUCUCUCCUCCUUCCUCACUGAAUCACCCCCGCGCCUCCCUCGCUCCUGCCCUCAGGAGGGCCCUCAGGAGUGUUACGUGGUGGAUUAGUGGGCAGGGGGUAGUGCUAUGCACGCUAUGAAUCCGUCGUUGCAACAUUGGCUUUGGAGAUAUAAGCCCCCCGUUCGCCCGGCUUCUCUCUGAGGAGGGAGGCCCCUUCAGACCACAGCCUGCAGAGAGAAGGAGAAAGAGAAAAGAUAGAGGCUGGGAGAAAAGGCUGGCUCCAGCGGGGAUUAGGAGUUGGUGUUAAUCUGAAAGCGUUUGGCCUCUUUUCUUUGUGUGUGUGUUUAAGCUCACAUAAGGUUGUAAGGCCGUACUGUAUAUCCUGAUAUCUUCAGACUCAAAUUACGUCAGAACUUUACCAAAAAUGAAAAAAAACAAGGACACAUUGGCCACCGUAGAUUUUCUCAAACUCAAGUGAUCUGAUAUCAUCCACGCCCCUGGGUAAAUCUUCCUGCAAAAAGCGACCCCUCGACCUUGAAACCCAGCAGAAGCAGGCGAGCUGGAGAUGGGGGAGCUUAGUCCUGAAGAUCCACAGACAGUUACUCCAAGUCAAUCCUGUGUCUACAGGGAGAGCUGCAGCCUGUGCCACAAAGAGGAAGCCUCAAUUAACUGGCUUAAAGACGCCCAAACACAGUGUAAGGACUCUGCUAAGUCCCAGAAAAUAGGAUCCCUUUAUUACAGCUUAAUAAUGUGAGGUCGAGAGGCCUGACGUGUCAACUGUCCUUGAGUUGUAGUGAAGCAGGAUGAGUCAAGGUGCACUGUGCUUUUCAACUUUAUACUAUUAACAUCUCUAUUAUUGUCUUCCUUAGUGGUUUGAGUUUCCUCUGUUAAAAUCAAUUGAAUUAAAAUGUGUAAACUUUUUUUGAAUCCCAUUUUAUUAAAUACUUUUCAGAAAGUUUUCUGUAAACGUAUCAUUGCUUGUCUGAUUACAAAUAAAUUAUGCUCACUAGGGCUGGACGAUAUGGCCUCAAAUCAAUAUUGAGUUAUAUUGAGCAGUUCACCUCGAUAAUGAUAAAUGGACAUAAAUCGACCCACAUUAACUUCAUCUACUUCAGCCACCGCUCCAGCCACUAAAAAAGAUUGAACCAUCUCCUCACCUGUCUUUCCCUCUUUGUUACAGACUGGAUGGGGCGGAGUUCACGUCUCUGAUGUAGGACAGUGUCUUAAUGGGACAUGAGAUCAUAGCCUACCUACACACAUACAAAACCAACUUUUAUCUAUUUAUUUUUUUUGACACUGAAUAUACCGAUACGGUCAAAAUGACGUUGGUUAUUGAUGUAAAUUUCGGUAUCAGUAAAUUUUCAGUUUAUCGCCCAGCCCUAAUGCUCACAUCAGAAAUUGACCUCAUAGGGAAGUGUUCAACUGGCAAACUUAGGACUGAAGUCAGGUCUGGUGUUGUAUGUCUACUGUUGAUUUUAAUGUAUAUUUCUUUUUUAUAAUAUGCCCUUUAUAUGAAACGUUUGAACUGUCUUUUGUACUCUGCUUUGUCAUGAUGUGGGCCGAAAGCUAAAAUGCAUUGGUGCCAUAAUAGAUUUGCUCCAUAUAGAAACCCAGUUCUUUGUGGUCUUUUUGAAACCCAGUUCUUUGUGGUCUCAUCGAUUUGAACCAAAAUCUGUCAGAUAAAUAGAUAAAGCUGGAAAACAAGGAUGGAUAUCUAAUGUCGUUUCCUCUCACAGUUAUAUUCAACUUCUGUUUCUGUAGGAAUGCAGAGGCAUCAUCCUGGAUCAGACAUGCCCAACUUCUACUCCCUGUCUCCUGGAGGAGUCGGCCAGAUCACACCACCUCUGGGAUGGUGAGUUUCAGAUGGAGAAAAAAAGCAUGCAGAGAUUAUUCAUGUAAACAGCGAGCGGCCACUCUGCUGCCUCUUCACAUCAGACAUACUCUGACUCUGUGUGUGCUGGACAGAGGACUGCAGGCCUGUAGCAGCAGCAGCAGCAGCAGCAAUGUAGGGGAGGUCUGCCUCUGGCUUGUCCGGCCUCAGCCGCUCGGCUCCUCUGUAUGCUCAGCACAUGUCAAACACAUCACCGCAUUCAUGCCCCUGCAUAACCAUAUGGCCGCUCAACCCCCAUCAAAGCUCUCUGGAAGCACUUCUCCCUCUGAGCCUCGCUCCAUGUUCACAAGACAAAGCUUUUUAGUAGCUUUUACCUCUUUUUCUACUUCCUUCUGGGACUACAUCCUCGUUCAGUUCAGUCCUCUGACUCUUUUUUUUGUGUUUUUCUGAACUUCUCUUACUCUCUCUCUGUCCGUCUGUCAUUGUAAUUUUUCUCUCUGUCCAUCAGUGUGAUUCCAAUAAAGAUACUGAGUGAAGACAGAUGUAAAGCACAAGAUUGGUCAGUGGUUAAAACCCAGACAGUUACCUCCUGCUGUCCCAGACCCACAUCAGCCUCAUCUCCUUCAACCCAUCAGCCUUUUUUAUUUAUAUUAAAGACCCUUUCUGUAUUUAGGGUCUUUUUGAGACUGUGACUAACGACAAACAUCAUGGAGAUGUUUUGUUCUUGACUUUAUACUUAAAGUUCCUCAGAUCUGUGGAAGCAAAAUGUCCAAAAUAAAAGAAAAAGACAUGAUGACAUUCCCUUUCAUCAUGUUAGCAACUGAUACCUAUCUUUAAAUCCUGACUCUUUGAUAUGAGGCAGCAGAUCUUUGUCACCUUUUAUUUACGAUUGCACGCAUGUCGAGUGAAAUGAUGUCAUGUUCAGGAUAGAGCCAAACCAUGCUGCUUCUUUCUAAAGUAAGAGAAGUUAGUUUUUCUCAUUUUCUAGCUGGAUUAUCAUCUAAGGACUGUCUAUGUUCAUUCAAUUUUCAUGUGUUCUUGUUUACUCUGUACAGCAGGAUAUUAUUAUAAUAUUAUUGGCUGCUGUCUGUGAGCCAAAUUGCCCCUCUGGGACGUUGAAGCUGUACUCUGCUACACAGCAUUACUCUAAUAUCGUAGGAAAGAGGUUGAUGGAAUCCGUGCAUGCACAAUGACUUUGUUUCUGCAGAGUCCCUGAAAGCUCUCUUUGUCUUUUAAUGUAUGAUUUUUUUUUUGUUUGUGUAAACUUUAGAUUUUUCUUUGCUCCUAUGAAGGCUACGGUAUCUCUGCUUCUAACUUUCAUCCUUGAUUAAUCAAACUGCUGUUAUUGCAGGUUCUCACACCACAUGGUGCCCGGACCCCCGGGUCCCCACGCCACAGGGAUCCCCCACCCAGCCAUCGUCAAUCCGCAGGUUAAACACGAGCCUCUGCAUGAAACGGACAUCAUGCACAUGUAAGUCCUGCUCAAUUAGAGAAAUACACACUCUUCUAGGUGUGGGAGGAAAAAUUGAUACAGCAUAGAAUCGCCAUAUUUUGUCUGGUGAUGUAUCAUAUCUUCUCAUUUAUCAAGUAUGGAUUUUUAAAAAAUUAAUUGUUAAUAUGAGGUCAAAUCUAUGAUAAUAGGAAAAAUUUAACUGGUUGUCCAGUGAGGAUGGCAGAGGAGACAUCAUAGAGCAGGAGAAAGUUAGUACAACACAUUUAUAUAAGGUUUGCAAAAUGCGCUACAUGAAAACAAAUACAGUGAAAAUAAGACAAACAUAAAGGAAAGACAUACGCUGAAUUAGCUAAACAGUUGAAAAAAUUGUAUAAAUUGCAAUAUAUUGUAUCUUUAUACUCACUGUAUUGUAAAAUGUUAAAAAUAGCAAUAAUAUUGUAUCCUGACCCAAGUAUUGUGAUAAUAUCAUAUCAUGGCCCAAGUGUCAUAAUAAUAUCAUAUCGUGGCCCAAGUAUCGUGAUAAUAUCGUAUCAUGGCUCAGGUAUUGUGAUAUUAUCGUAUCGGGGCCCAACAUUCGGGAUAAUAUCAUAUCCUGGCCCAAGUAUCAUGAUAAUAUCGUGGCCUAAGUAUCAUGACAAUAUUGUAUUGUGGCCCAAGUAUUGUGAUAAUAUCAUAUCGUGGGUCAAGUAUCAUGAUAAUAUUGUAUGGUGGCCUAAGUAUCAUGAUAAUAUUGUAUUGUGGCCCAAGUAUCGUGAUAAUAUCGUAUCGUGACCCAAGUAUCGUGAUAAUAUCGUAUCGGGGCCCAAGUAUCAUGAUAAUAUCGUGGCCCAAGUAUCAUGCUGAUAUUGUAUUGUGGCAAAAGUAUCAUGAUAAUAUUGUACUGUGGCCCAAGUAUCAUGCUGAUAUUGUAUUGUGGCAAAAGUAUCAUGAUAAUAUUGUACUGUGGCCCAAGUAUCGUGAUAAUAUCGUAUCGUGACCCAAGUAUCAUGAUAAUAUCGUAUUGUGGCCCAAGUAUUGUGAUAAUAUCAUAUCGUGGGCCAAGUAUCAUGAUACUAUUGCAUGGUGGCCCAAGUAUCGUGAUAAUAUCGUAUCGUGACCCAAGUAUCAUGAUAAUAUCGUAUCAUUGGGCCACUGAUGAUUCCCAUCCCUAUUCUCUUCCUCCCCUUUUUCUCUACCGGCAGUUUCAGAGGCGAUGCACUUCCAGGUAUUUGCGUACUCCACCUUUACGGGAGGACAAACUCUCUGUCAGAGCCUUGUUCUCAUUCCCCUGAUGUGAGAUGAUAAGCAGUGAGGGCCCGCGCUCAGCUGAUAACAGGCCUCUGCUUCAUUCGGCCUCAGGGAUCACAACUCACUUAGCCAGCAACAGAUACAGGUCCUAGAUUAGUGCUGGGAUGAACGCGGUUCACAUCCCCAGUGAGCACAGUGGGAAGUGCUGUGAGCGCCCUGAAGUGGUUAUCACUGAUAUUUCCAUUAUUCAUGGCUAUCCCAGCUCCAAGACUGUACAAGAAUCAAGAAGGUUAUUAGAAAGUGAGUCAGGAGAAGGAGCAGAGCAGAGCAGAGCGCCUUUUGGUUUUAAACGAUUGCUGAUGUGAAGGAGGAGGUUUGGUUGCCAUUACUGGUGAAGUAAUCUCUCUGCAUGAAGGGCUGCAACUAUGCAACUGCACAUGAUUAAAGAGGCCCAUGCUCAUGGCGUGGUAACCCCUCUCACGCUGACUCCUCAUUGGCUGAGGGUGAACCCGAACCUUGCUGUUUUUGUCGCCAUUGUGGCACCACAAUCUCCUUUCAGUUUCUCCCUAUUCACCUCCCAUACAUGGUGUUUUUUUUUUUUUUUUUAAUUCUUUACAGGAAGCCCCAGCACGAACAGAGAAAGGAGCAGGAGCCCAAAAGACCGCACAUCAAGAAGCCGCUAAACGCCUUCAUGCUCUACAUGAAAGAGAUGCGUGCUAAUGUGGUCGCCGAGUGCACGCUGAAGGAGAGUGCGGCCAUCAAUCAGAUCCUGGGACGAAGGGUAGGUGGCACCGGUCUCAUUCUCCUCAUGGUUGCAGUUUAUCUUUGUUGAUUUAAUUUAAUCACCAGGAGAUCACAAGUCAAGCUGUGGCUCUACAGCAGCAACACGAACUGCCUUUCCUGGUCCAAUUAGCCUAAAAAGUACAAAGAUUCCUUCCUGUAUUAACAAACAGUCUUUUAUGAACUAGCUGUGAUUAUUUCUAUAAUGAUUGCCCCGGCCAAUUACUCUCCUCUCAGCAGCACCGAUCCAGUCUGCCUAUCUAACUGACAUUUAAUCAAAUUGGCUUUAAUAAAACAUGCCUGGAUAAUGGCACGGUUGGAAAUGACAAAAUUUGUUCCUUUUGAGGAUUGGGAAAAGAGUGGAACCACAGAGCCAUGUUAAAAGCCUUAACGAAUAGGCCCAGCGGUCGAGGCAGCCAGCCACAGCAAAGCCGAGUUUGUGGCUUGUGUAGCGUAAUUGCUCGCUGACAUAGUUUGAAUAAAAAAGCGCUGCUAAAUUGGAACCAGUGUUUUGAUAUGAAAUCAAAGUUUUUUUUCCCCCUUCUUCCUCCGACUCUGUAUGUUAAUCUCUUCAUCAUGUGUCCCCCCCCUUCUGCUCUGUCUCUCUUUUAUCCCACCAUUUCUUUUUUCUCGUUUUAACACCAAACGUUUGGAAGUCGAAAAGAACUUUUUUUUUUUAAGUUUCACCAAAACACUAGCACACGUCUCUAUGCAGGGAACAUGCAAGUGCAUGCCAGUAAUUGACUGUUUGCUAUUUUUUCCCCCCUAAUCUCCCUUUGUACUGAAACAGUGGCAUGCUUUAUCUCGGGAAGAGCAAGCUAAGUAUUAUGAGUUAGCCCGCAAGGAACGACAGCUCCACAUGCAGCUCUACCCAGGCUGGUCCGCUCGAGACAACUAUGUAAGUAUCAACAGAACAGAUUGGAAGAGGUGCGCGUGCAUGUGUGUGAGGAUUUAAUGUGGUUUGUUUCUGUCGGCGUUGCAUGACUUCUUCUUUAAAUGGCACACAGCAGUGACAGCCAGGCACAUUAAUUCACACUAGUCAGCUCGAUGCUAAUGUGGUCCAUUUGCAGACCCAUUGUUUCAGCCUUAUGUGUAAUUCAUACAGUAUAUUGCCAUCCUCGCUAGAAUGGAUUGUAAUAUAGCGGGCAUUAUUAUUGCCACAGUGUGUGAAAACUGCCCGGUGAUGGUUCUGCUCCUCUUUGAUGUUCCAUAUCAGCAUGGAUGUAGAAAGCUCCUGUUAGACUGAGUUUAGCGCGCUGUAUCCUGCAUACAGAACCGAGCAGCAGCAACCUUUGCUCCUCUUGCUGCCCAUUUUGUUUGUGAAUGUGUGUGUGUUUGUGUGUGUGUGUGGGGUUGAGUCAGAUUUAAGAUAUUCUUGGUGCGUGUGUGUGUGUGCACAUGUGUUUUGAGUGUUUACUUGGAAGUUCUGUCUCCUGUGUUUAUGUGGUGUGUAUGAAUUUGUGAGAAAGAGAGCACCAGCCUUUUAUUAAAAGUGUGGCUCCGGCACUCACGUUCACUCCACCACCAAAGUGCUUUGUGGUGUUUAUCUGCCUCCCCUCGGACACCGAAAGCAUCCCUCCUCCUUCUGCCUCCGCUGCUCCACUCACUGCCAAUAUGCCUCGCUGAGGGGGGAAGACACGGCACAGUCAAAGAUACCCAGCAGCAGCAGCAGCAGCUAAUGACAGCUAGCCCAGUUCCCAUGAUUUCCACUUAUUUGUACAAACAUAUCUGACAGGCAGGGAAGAAGUGGAGGAUUGCUUUUAUAGCUGGCAUACCAAAAACGAUAAAGUGGGCCGAUAUGUUCGAGGCAAACCUUUCUAAAAGUGAAUUUUGUCUCCAUGUGAGUGCUUUUCUCUGACUCCUCCCACAAACAAACUCUUCUGCUGCUGCACAUCAUGCCUGGAAACACCCAAAAAUAGUCAUUACACUGGCAUGGAGAGCGUGUAGCAUUCAUAGUUUUUCUGCGUGCCCCCCCCUCUCUCAUCCUUUCUCUCACCCACUCUCACUUACUCUCUCUUCUCCCUGUCUGCCGCAGCAGUAGAAGGCAGAUUAGCUCAUGAAUAAGUGGAUUAGCAGACUUUGCAGCAGGAAACCAAAGUGCUGCUCAUAUUUGACUAGGACGACUCCGCACUGCUAUCUAUACCUAUAGUCUCCCCCCUGGGGAUUUAGCAUAAGCUAUAAAUCCUUACACACUCCCACCACCUCACUGGAAGAAGAGUGGUGCUCUUCAUAGUCAUCAAGCUAGACUAGCCUAAUUACAGUGAGCAUUUUUAAUUGCACUUCAUGUUAAUAUUUGUCAUUAGAGGGACUUCAAAGGCAGCGUAAAAAGUGACACGGAAAAGUCACAUUAGCAGGACAAGCUGCGUCUGUAUUGUUAGCAUGCCCCCCCUCUCAGAACAGGCCUAAAAAUGGUGAAAAGUAAGUCAUUAUGAGCAGCUAAAAGCAGGAAGAGCACACUCAACAUCGGCUCAGCCUGGUCCAUCCCUCUCAUCGAGGCAGUUUGCAAUGGAGUCCGGAGACCAGGGUAUGCUGGUUGGAUGCCCAGCAGGGGAUGAGUGAACAUGGCAGUCAGCAGCAGGAUAUCAGAGUGGUCUAGUGAGCGUGAGUGCUGGAGCCACACUUUAUGUGUUCCUCUGUAUAUUUUUUAGGGAAAGAAGAAGAAGCGGAAGAGGGAGAAGAUGCAGGAAUCGGCCCCGGGUAAGAGACACACCCUACAGUUUCUUAUUUUCCUCUUCUUGAAGUUGCGAGUUGCACCAUCUUUCUACUUCCUUUGCUUAAUUUUUUCACAUUUUUUGACAAACUCACAUAGAUACACACAAAUCUUCUAUCCUCACUCUGGCUGCAGUAGACUUGCUUGAUUUUGUGCAGGCAGCAUGGUCCAUCCCUCCAUCCAUCUGUCCUUUCUUCUCAUAUCACACCUACUUUGGGAUUAGUCUGUCCAUUCUUUACGACUACUUACCAAUUCUGGGCUUUUGCACUAUUUGUUUGCCUGCUGCACUACAGAAUGUCUUUCUGCUGACCUUGUUUAGCUGCGCUUAUGAGCCUCCUGGUAGCACUGCAACUUUAAUCCAUUGAGAAUUACAUCUUAAAGUAGAAUUGUCAGUAUUUUUUGAGUUGUUUCGGUCUGUUCAGUAAACAUCUAUGCAGACCAGAAUCCUCCAAAGUUGUUUAAAAGGAUGCAAUUUUCUGCAGGUACAGGCCAGAGAAUGAAAACGGCGUACAUCUGAGAAAAUGGUAAGACAAACCCCUCUAUCUGCCUCCCCUGUCUGAUCAGUUCAAUACAUAUCAAAGCUUUUUAUGCUGCUAAACACUGACUUGAGCGUAUGUACUCACAGACUAAUCCUAAAAAGGUCCACCCUAACCUCGCCAUAGUCAUUGUGUUGGUGGUGUUAAAGCCUGAAGAGGGAUUGUGCUUUGUGUGGGGAGUUUGCUCAGUGGCCUCUGCACAAUAGGCAGUGGAUUUUCUAUGUGUGUGUGUGUGUGUGUGCUGAAGUCGUCAUCUGAAUGUUUCUGUGUCGAGCAGUGGAUGAAUUAGAGGUCAGAUGUUGCGUCAGUGGUUUGAUUUUUUUUUUUUUUCUUCCAUCAUCAAUAAAAAAGUAUCCUCAUUAAAAGUUGAAAAUAUUGCUUAAUAAAUCAGAACGCUCAUUCUCUCUGUGCGCCGCGAACACGGUCUAAACUGCACAUCUGAAAACACUUUUUUCCAACCUCAGAUCCUUUUUUUUCCCUCACUGCUGGAGUCGAGGACGUCAGCUUGGCCCCAUAUGGACUACAUGUGUUGUCUCCCUCCGCAUCUUUUUCAGGCAGACUAAGAUUCAGCAGCUUGUUUGGCAGGAACUUAAUGAGAUGCUAUACCUUAAUAAGAUUUCACGCUAUCUGGGGUUUCAGGGUGUCUAUAAUGCCUUCAUGACAAAGACACUCUGCAGUCGUUUUUUUCUACAUGUGAAUGAUAUGUUGGGAUAUAUUGAUUUAAAUGAUGUCCAAACUGUCACCUGUCUUAUUUUAUUGUCAAAAAAAGGAUUAACAUCCAACUCUGUUUGCCUUCUUUCUUACUCUCUCUGGAUCCCUUCCUCCUCUCUCCUCUUCCUCGCCCUCCCUGUGAUUCUGGCAGCAUCCUGUUGUUCCGCUCCCUUUUCUGCAGCAGCGAAAGCCGGGCAGAUGUGACAAAUCUGGUCUUACGUCAAAAUCACCCCAAACCAGACAAAGGUUUUCCCCUUGAUCGAUUCCUGACCCAGUGGCUCUCUCUGAACCCAAAAUUGGUCUGCUUUUCUUUUCUUGUCUUUCUCUUUUUUUUUUGCCACAGACGGUUUUCAAAGCUCAGAGAGAGCGAGUGCUGAAAAGCACUUUAUCUCUGAUCCAAUAAUUAGCAGCGCCUAGCCGCAGCGGGAUGGACACCCUUGCUGAUUCUCAGUGACAGCCUUAAACUAAUAUGCAUAAUACCAAGGAUACUGCCACAACUCCCCGAGCCCUCAAUUUAUGCAGAUCCCAAAGAGCUGGAUUGAGGUUAGCUUGGUGUAGACGCCAAAAAACAUCUUUAAAUGAACUUGUUUGUCUAUUUCUUUUCAUCUGCAGUAGCCUCUAUCUUAUCUUUGUCUUGUCUUUGCUGAACAUCUGAAGGAAGUUUGCUAAUGAGUUAAAUUUGGAGGAACAAUUCUAACACCUUUUUGAACUGGAGUUCAGAUGUUUGCUCUAUUAGAUCUUAUUAUUAGAGCUCUCUCUCUCUCAGUAACAAACAAUAACAUAGUCCUGGUAGGUUUUAUGAGAGAAAAAGUGACUUAGUGCUUGUUGAUUUUAACAUAAAGUACAGCUUGAUCUGAGUUUCUCUGCCUUAAGGCAAAGCAGGAGUUAAUUCGUCAAGCUUCUAUGACUCGACGUUGUCUCUCUUUGUUAUCUUUAGCUUGUCAAACACUAUGUAAAAUAGGGGUCUCUGUCUUUUCUUGCCCCAGCCCCCGCCCCUUUAUUCAUUAUGCUCCCUGGAAAUGUGAAGUUUCACUCCAUCUUCCCCUCUCUGUUUUGAUUCUCUCCUCCUUACUUCCUGUUAGCCUUUUCUGUCUGACUAAGCCUGCUGAUUCACCGCCUUUUGAGAUAGUUAUCUGCCUGAGACACAUACAUGCCCUCAAGGCUUUCUCCCCCAUUUCAGCCAGUGUGGAUUUUUAUUUUAUUUUUUUUCACAGGGGGGAGACACUCAACAAAGAUGGCCAUUUAAAAUUAGGCGAGCAAGGUCCACAGAGUUGCACACACAUGCAAACUGCCAUAAAACUGCACAAGUCAACUGCCUCCUUUGUUGACAAGCAUAAAGGAUGUUUUCACAAGUCAAUUUGCAUGGACGUCUCUUAAGACCUCGGAUAACUUUCUUUUUUCUUAAAUGGUGCCUCACUUGAAUCAAAUUCUUUACUGUGGGUCAUUUCUAACCUCGUGCCCUGGUCUAAAGACAUGAAAGAAAGUGUUGUUCAAGCUGUAGGUUUGGUGGCUACCCUCCCCUUUUCUCUCUCUCUCUUUCUCUCUCUCCUCCUCUGCCCCGGCUCUGCUCCCUCUGAUGUGUGCAGCCAGAAGUCAGCUGUCAGAAGACUUUGAUGAGGGAGAAGGGUGUGAGUGCGUUGGGAGGAGAGGAAAAGGGAGGGGGGGGAGUAAGAAAAGGGCCAGAAGAAAAUCCCUCAUUCUCCCGAGUUCUUGACUUUACCCAAUCUCACUCAACUGCCACUCAUCCUUCAGCCUCCAUCCCUCAUUUUGAUCCCAUUUUUCUUUCUUGUGUUUUUUUUUUUUCAUUUAUUUUGUUGCCUCUCAUCUUCUCCCUCUCAGACCUUCAUAACUCACACAUACACACACACAUCUGAGCAAUGAGCCACACACACUCCUGCCGCAAUUAGGCAAGAUUCAGCGUCUGCCUCUAUUUCCCAAGUCGUUUCAAUUUGGCACCCAGCCUCCAGGCCACUGCGGCACAGCCCAGUGCCUCCACACCCUCCACGCCUUAUUAGUGACCUGGGAUAAUUGGGGAAGGAAUUCGAAUCCCCCCCCAAAAAAUAAAAAAAAACACACUCUGGGUCUCGCUCUGAGCAAGCGCACAGGAGAUGAGAGGAUGUUUUUAAAGCUGUAUUUCUCCGUAGAAAAAAAAAAGACGAAAAAGGGAGGUGGAGGGGUGAGAUUUGGGCUGAAAUCAGAGCAACGCCCUUGCUAAUGUUUCUGUUGGUUAGGAAGUCGAGUCGGAAAUGUUCGCCCCUAACAGUCCUCCCUUUUUCUCACUCCUCUGACCUUCACAAAGCCUGCUCUGUGAGGGAAAAUGACCCUCUCAGCACUUUACAUGUGGACUUACAGCGGGCGGAAGCAUGUCAAACUUGAUGUAAUUUAAGUAUGUGGUUUGAACUUAUAAGUACAAGUGCUUACUUUUGGCUUGGCGACCAGAUUUGACGAUUUCAAGAGGAAAGACGGGAACCUUAAAAGUCGGGUUCAACCCUCAUAAAGAAGCUUGUUUACACGCGAGUAUUUGCAGCUUUAGCGCCCCUGUUGUUUAGACUGGGCCCUAAAAUCUGUUUUGAUUGAGUCACAGGCCCAUUGUGUUGUAGUUUGGCCAGCUGCGGUAACAAUAUGAGGGUCCAGUCUCUCGAGUUUUGUGAUGUCUUCUCGACUUCCUCCCUCUUUCUCCCUCCCCUGUGGCUCCUCGGGGCGUUGCAGCUCAUACUAUAAGAGACCUCAUAAAACGCUCCCCUCAUGAGAUUCUUAUCUGUGAAUGAAUGAAUGAAAGGCCUCCAGGUAAAACAGAGGGCACAGACAGGAAGAGGACAGUUCGGAUAGAGGAAGCGGUGUUUGUUUUUGUUUCGCUCUGGUCGAGUCUGGCUAUUGUUAAAAAAGGGAAAACCUCACUCCCAGCUUCUUCUUCUUCUCCUCCUUCCUCAUGUGUUCAUUUUCUACCUCUCUUCUCUCACUCUUCCUUUUUCUCUCCUCUCCUGUCAUGACGGAGAGUAUGAGUGGCGGUGGAUGCCUUUGAAGCGAGACCACAGCAGAAGGAGCCGCCAUUGUGCCGGCCCUUUGAAUCUGCGGCUCCCCCCCCCCCCCCGGCCUGCAGUGGCUCAGACUGAGCAGCACGGGGGCACAGGGCCAGACUUCAGCUGCCCAGGCCCCCAGUGAUGCUGCCUCAGAUGUGGGCAACGCCCCUCACUACCUCUCCCCACACCCCUCUUGCACUCUCCCAGUCUCCCCCACACAUGCCUGAGGUUUUUGGGUUUCGGUGACUCCCCCCUCCCCUCCUUCCGUACUCCCCGUUUGACCACAAUCAGACGCCACCCUUCCCUUCUCUUGAAUUUCUAACACAGACACCAUCUCCCCGUUUUUUACUUUUUACUUUCAGCCCCUCCUGACUGACUUUGUUAGCUCCUGAUAGUCCCUCUGGAAAGCUACACUCUCCCCCGAGCCCGCCGUUUGAUGGAGGUUAAAAAUUUCAAAGCGCUUUUUUAAACAGGGGCGAUUUCUUUUAUGUCGAAUGUCUCAGAGCUAAAGAAAGUGCUGACAGUGCAGAGCAUUUAGUUUCAAACAUUGCUUUGUCUUCCAGGUGCUGUUUUUUUAUUGGCCUGCUGUUUUAUUUCCCCCUCGUGCCUUUGAGAGCGGCUCUGUUGUAGAUGUAGAGAGUGGCGGCCCCUUUGAAAAGGUGUCGCCGAAGCCAGCUGUGAGAUCCAGGCCAAGGUCACUGCCAAGACAUACCAACCCACCAGACGUUCAUUUACAGCUUUAGGUCUGUUAGUGUGAUUCAGACUAUGUAAUGUAGCAAAGAGUUGGCACAAUCUCAGGUUUACAUGGACACGGCUGCAGAUUUAUUUUUCAUUCACUCAGAAGAUUUAAUGCCAAUUAAGUGGAUAGUAAGAUUAAUCACUAUUUUCAGUUUUAUCUUAAAGCUCCUAUUUUUGACCUGAGAUCAAACAGACAGAAAUUUACCGUAAUGUCUCUUUAUAACCUACAAAAUCAACAAAGACCAUCAUCAACAAGGACGUUUUCCAUUUGGUUAAAUUCAGUGCCUGAGGAGAUACAAACAGCAAGUGCCUCACAACAGCUUUAAAGUAACGGUAACACUGUAUGUGACGCCUAUCUCUAUAACGCAUUAUAAGUAUAUGUAUAAUGCAUUAUAAUCACGUUAUAGCACUGUAUAAUUGUAACAUAACACAUAACACCUGACCUUGUAAGUCAUGAGAAAAUGCUUUAUAAUGUGUUAUGAUUGUUGCUAUAAAGAAAUUAUGAUCAUUUAUGAGUGUUUAUGACCAUAGUUAUACAGUGCUAUAACAUGAUUAUAACACAUUUUAAAUAUAUUUAUUAUGCGUUCUAGAGACAGACAUCAAAUAAAGUGUUACCAAAGUAACUGUAGGGGUUUUUAACUGGUUGAUAAACAGACUGAAGCCUCUUUAUGAUCUUCAAAAGCAAACACGACCAUCAGCAGCUCGUCUGAUAAUUUCACUGUGGUCAUUUUAAUACUUAAAGAACAGACCAUGAUUGAGGGACAGCUAAGGAAACAAACUUUAAUUGCUUUUUAAUGCAAAUAUUCACAGCGAGUGUUCAAUCAUAAAAGACCACAGGAUGUUUUUUGUCAAAAAUCCCUCCUCUCUUUUCCUAUAGGGGGCGCCAUUUAUCAACACAAACCAAAAGUUCCUGACAGCAGCUUUAACCUUUUUUUUUCUUUUUAUUAAAAAGUUCAGAUAACUAUUUUGCUUUUAUAUCUCUCAUCUGACGUUAGUUUUUGUGUCACCCUAUUUGCUGAAAUGUGACAAGAGCACAGAGCAACGGCCCAAAACUUAGUCCAGUAAGAGCUGCUGGUCCCGAUCAGCUGGUAGAGCAGGCACCUCUGGUACAGAGUCUGUGGUCCUUGUCGCAAAUCGUAUUAUUAUGUAAAUUCUGUACAGAUGUAAAUAUGACUCAUGUACAUAUCUUUUUUAACUCAAAGUUUAUUUAUCUUUUCAUUUUUCUCUUGUUCUAUCUAUACUAUGCUGAGGUAAAUUUGGAAUUUCCCCCCGUGGGACUUUUAAAGGGACAUCUUCUCUUAUCUUGCACUUGUCUCGGGUUUGACUCCCAAUCCUGUUGCUAUAAGAUGCAUUCCCAGUCUCUCUUCAGCUGUUCUAUCAAGUAAGGUCAAAAAAGACCAAAUUCAUAAUGCUGGACUUGUUGAAUUCAAUCCCCUCAAAGUGUUUUAAGAAUUCUUGUUUUGAGAAUUAGACUGGCGGUAAAACCAUAACCCAAACUGUGUAGUAAGCAUCCACAGUAGAGUCCCACUUCCUCGUACGACCAGCUGCACAAACAUGUUGUGUUUACAUAUGCUGUUGUGAUGCUUUCAGGAAUGUGUUCACUUUCUGGUUUACCUCCAGAUAAAACCGCUCUGGUCAUGUGAACACAUAGUUACUUUAAACCUGUGAAAAUCAUCUGCAGAAGACGGUCAAUGUCAGGGUCAACUUUUUACCGCUGUCACUGUGCUCUGGAUGUUCGCUCUAACCUUGGUGGCUACAACAUGAACAUAACUCGUAAAAGUGACGACCACAGCCAGGAAAACCAUCCUCAUGCAGUUAUAGAUGAAAUCAAUAUUUGGGGGUUAACUCUGACACAUCUUUCUUUCCUUUCAUUGCUCUCCAUCUCUCUCCUUUUACUUCUCCUCCAAACCUCCCCUCUCUUCUCUGCCAUGGUAAAGUCUGCUCCUCAGCCUGAGCUGGAGACACCUCUCUCCACUUGGCUUAUUUUUAGAGUAAUUUGUCGGCUGUGUUUUCCUUUUUAAUGGCACCAAAAGAAACCCCAGAGCUGUGUGUGUGUGUGUGGGGAGAGAGGAGGAGGAGGUGGGAGGAUAGCUGGGAGGUGGGUGAGUCGGUGGGUUUGGAGGUUAGGGGGCUUUAAGGCAGGCGGGCCCCAGCUGCAGGCGCUUUGAUUUGGCCGGGGAGGUGAAAGCGGCGAUUGAGACGCGAGGCUGUGCCAGUUAUCUUAACCUCCCACACUUCAAAAGCGGGGCGAGAACUUGUCCGACCCCCCUCCCCUCCCCUCCUCUCCCCUCCUCCCCUCCCUCUGUCCUGUAGAGGGAAAGGAAUUGGGGGAGAGAGAGAAGAAGGAGGGAAGACUAAACCUUCACUAGCCCUCUGAACAGAGGAGCGUUUCAUUUCCUGCAAAAAAGUCCAGCCGGCAUUCCUGAGCACUAAUGUAGAGAGGGAGGAAGAGGAGGAGGAGGAGGUGGAGGAGGUGGAGGGAGGUGAAAAGGAGAGGAGGGGUCAAGUUGCUCCUGAAUCCUGGUGUUUGUGUCGGCUGGACCUUGUGAAGAGCUGGCCUGGUGCCCCCCCCUAACCUCCUCCAACCAAACACCAUUCGAGCGCGCACACACCCCUGCUGUUAGCACCAAAACUGGCUAAUACACACACACACACAUACACACACGUACACACGCGCACACUCUUUUCACCCGCAGCCCCUCAGGCCUCUUCCCCAGGCAGGAAGGCCAGCGCUUUUCAUGUCUGUGGUGGGGGGAAGGAAAAAAUGCUCCCCAGGAAACAGGGUGCAGAGCCGGGCGUGCGGGCCGGCUUUGAGAUCCUGGGAUGAAAAGAGCGAGGGCGGCGGAGGUAAAUAAAAGCGACAGGGGCUCUCUCUCCUUUCAGUCUGUGCGCAGGGUCAGCUCUCCUUGGGGAAAGGUGGCCUCUGUCCCGUUCCCUUUUAUCCACAUGUGGUAAAGCACUCUGCGGGGCGGUGGUGUGCGUGUGUUUCGGUGUGUGUUAGGACUUUUUGGAGUGUUGAGAUGCAGCGAGCAGCACGGCUCAGCUGACUUCUCUCCUACAAAAACACACUCUUGGCUUUGCCACAAGGGAAAAGCAAACUAAUACCGUUUCUUUCCCUUUUUUUUUCUCGUCUUCACUAAACAUCCAUCUUUUUUAGUCGCAGGAGGCAUUCAUCCACCUCUGUCUCUGCCUCUCCACUUUGAUCACAGAUUCUAUUUGAUGCUGCUCAGGUCUAAAAUAACCCUCCUCAGCUUGUCAAUAACUGGAGCUAACUCUGUUAUGUUAGCUCGAGCCUGGAUCAUGAGAGGGAAAAAGAGAAACACUCUUUUUUUUUUUGCAGCUUGACAAACAAUUUUCCUGUCAGGGGGAAGGGGAAGGGGCCAAUUUCAUGAAGUCCUGUGAAGUGGAUGGAGCAGUCAGGUAGCAUUUUUACACCGCGGCGUCAAUCUGCACCUGAGCCGCUACCUACAUAGCUCAAUGAACUCUCGCUCGCUGUAACCAAAUGGGUCACUGCGGCGGUCCUCCUGUGCGGUCAGCAUUUCCUUGUCUUGUUUUCCCAUCACCCACCUGCGGCGGCAACCUAAAUGUCAACCAGAAGCUCCACAAUCGUGCGCUCGCCUUGAGAGAGUGAGAGGAGGAGUGAGUCAGCCAGGGGAGGGCAGAGAGAGAGAGCAGAGAGCUGCCAGCUGGGUCACGGCAACCCCCAUGUUAGACCAGAUCAAAGCGAGACCGGCCCACAUCCUGUCGCUGACCUAUAACCUCUCUGUGGUUCAGAGAUUUAGCUCCACACUGCUGCAGAAGCUAUCAUUCAAUAACAGCUCGGACAUUAAGAAAAGGGAGAAAACAGAUAUGGUUAUGAAGGGUUCUGUGUUUUAUUCCUUCCUGAUCCAGGAGGCAUGCCUGCACGGUGAGACACUUUGGAGUCACGGUGACUCAUCCUGAUACGUCUGGUUUUGGUUUGCGUGACGUGAAUGUGACCAGUGUUUUGGUGUGGCUUACUGAUGUGUUCCUAAUUACUCUCCCCUCCUCCGCCCCUCUGAUGAGAAAAAGCAGCUUUUUUCUUUCUUUGUAUACAGAUGCACUUACUUCAUCCUCAGCGCGGUUGAUUGAUCUUUUCUUUUGUUCCUCUUGUUUUCUCUCCCCCACCAGGAGGAAAACGUAGCAACUUCUCCACGUGCAAAGCGAAGGCAGCAGCUACGGGCCCUCUGCUUGAGAUGGAGGCCUGCUAAGAUUCCAUGAAGACCCUUAAAAAUCUCCAAACUGAAAGCCUCCAGAUCUCAGAGGACCCACCCUAACCCCACCUAACCCGACUCUCUUUCCUCCAACACAGUCACAUGCCUCCACCAAAAACACUUCACUGUCCGACCCCUCCUCCCUGAAGUCGCCUGCUGUAAAGACACUGAACUGAAGACAAUCAUGAUUAGUAGGAGCACCCUCACACACCCACGUCCUCUCACUCCAGAAUCCACAAAACUGCGAUUUAACAUCAGAAUUAUCUCCUUCUCACAAUCAGCUUUACUGCAAUCAAAGGCACUGCACUGAAAAACAGCAGCAAUUUUAAUGUGCGCACAAACUGCACCGCCCAAACACCUCUUUCUACGUUUCUUGUAAUUUAUUUGUCACCUCGGUUUGUUUGUAUAGAUCAUUAGGCCGACAUUCACUCCCUCGACUUCUUUACCCCCUUCCCCUUUGUUGUUCUUUCUUCCUGGAUUUUUGAGACCAUUUGGGGUUUCGCACCCGACUGACCAAACACCUCUUUUUAGACUGCACUAAAGGAAGACGGAGGGAUCUCAUCUUGUCUAAAGAAUGAAAAAAAAAAACACAAAAAAAAAAACAAACGUCCUGAAGACGCCGUUUUUAGUUUGUCGCUGACCAGUUGGUGCAAAAAAGGAUCAACGUUUUAAUUUGCGUUGACCAGUUGGUGCAAAAAAGGAUCAACGUUUUAAUUUGCGUUUCGAUUUUCCACUGACUUUUCUUUUGAAUGCUUUUUUGUAUCUUGAACCCUUGUUUGAACUUCUCGGUGUAUAUUUUAGUGUGUUUUUUAUUUUAAAUAUUGUUUUUUAUAUAGUGGUUAUAUAUGAAAAUAAGCUUUGGACACAGGAAAGCCAUUUUUCUUGUUGAAGCGUCUUGCAGAAAAUUGAAACUUAAGGCUUCUUUUGAUAACUAUUUGUAACAAAUAGUGACCUCGAGUCUUGCUCAGAUGUAAAAUAAUGCUCAGUAUGUGUACUUUUUAAAAUCUGUCAGGAUAUGUCAAUUUUCUUGGUAUUUUUGCAGGCAACAUUAGGACAAAGGCAAGAGUGAUAGCUCAGAGGCCUAUAUUUUAUUGUUCUAAAACAUGACAAAUGAAGCAGAUAUAUAUAUUUACCCCAGCACUUGGCAGUCUUUCUUUUAUUGCAAUGGACCUUUUUGUCUUUUCUCUCUGGUAGCUGAUAGUGUGGUCUUUAGCCAUGUUGUUUAUUCCAUGCAAGCAUCUCUGUAAUAUUUUGAUUUAAUGCUCUAUUUUAGUAUUACUUGAUGAAUUCCUUUUUUUUUUUUAAUUAUCAUAUUUUGGGUCACUGUCAUCUUGGUUUAGCAUUUUGCUUCCAAGUGGUCAUAUUUGAACUGUUUCAACAUGUUUUGUUCUGUUUUUUUGUAAGAAAAAUAAAAAGGCACCAUUGGCUCAUUUGA